GUGUGAUCGCUGGUAUGUUUAAUCUACCUUCUGGCUGCUCAGAAUGAAGAAUAGGAGUGCCCAUCUAUAAAGAAAGGUAGGAAUCUGUUGCAGAAUCUGUAGGUGGGCAUAUCACUUAACGUCUAUUUACAACAGAUUUAAAGUUUCGGUUCUCAUGGAUACAAAUAAGAACAGCACACUUAGGAAUAUUUAUGAAAAAAAAAAAAUAUAUAUAUAUAAUGUUUCCUGUUAAAUGUCAAAUGGCUUUCUUUUCUGGAAAUAAUUAAAGCAGUAUCACCAUUUUAACAUGAGCUUAUCUCAAUGUGGGGAAGCCAUCACAGCCUGAUUUACAGUAUUAUUCACGUUCAUUAACUUCUUUAUCGGUGAUGUAAUGACUUUGUAGUCUGGAAGGAGAGGUUGAGAGAAGUGAUUGAAGCAGGGAGUUUGCAUAGGUGAAAUAUGAUCCCACGCUAAUACCCUAAUAUUUUAUCAUGUUUCUUAAUUCCAAUAUAUAAUUACCUACCAAAUUUAUAACACCAGGGCUAGGUGGAGCAGCCAAAGCUAAAUAAGCAGGACAUUGCAUAUAUCUUUUGAGGACUGGAUACAAACGUUUGUUUGUUUUUUAAAGCAAAAAUCUUAAAUGUCACAGAUUAAUUUAAUAGAAGAUUUGUGUGUGAUGUUGUUUUGUUCAGUCUGCUAGGUUAAAGGUUCAUUCCAAGCACCAUGACCACUUCAGUGAUUUGAAUGUGAAUUGUUUUUAUGAGAUUUCCGGCAGCGUCAUUGGUGUGUUUAGUCAAUGUUAAUUUUGUUCAUAUUUCUAUGCACCAAAUGUCAUUGGCUGAGAGUGAUGAGCUGUCACAGCCAGCCCAAAGGGACCCUCUGUGGCCAGCAGGACCCGAGUAAUGGGACACACUGUUGAAAAAUGGUUUGCACCAUUAAUGGGAAAUGAUACCAGGCUACUCCUGGGCUUAUAACCACUCCUGUGGGCUAUAUAUCUUUAAGGAGGGAGAUCUGUAUUUCUUGGAUUUGGCUGCAAAUUGAAACACAAUUUGUAUUUUCCAAAUGCUUCAGAUCUAUAAUUAUCAGGGUUGACUUGUAAAGGCUCCAGGGGUUAAAUAAUGAGUUGUGUCCUGGCAAUGUAAAUGUACGUCAUAUAUGGCACCUGUACAGCUGUGUGAUCAUUUUGAAUAAAGCAUGAUCUAGAGGGGUAAUGAAAGUGAACAAGCUGUGACAUAAUUCUUGUACAUAAGGUUUACUUGUACUGUAUUUGUGUACUUUAACUGUAGCACUUGCAGCACAAUCUUGUGUCUUCCUGGCAAUGGAACAUAUAGGCUGUUUGUUCUAAAGAGCAAUAAAAAGUUAGGAUGACUAUAUUGGAUGUAGUAUUGCACCUGUCUGGAUUGUCACUUUAAGGCAAUAAUGCCUUGGUUUUAGCUAGCUAAGAAUUUCGUGACGCAUACUACACAUCACCUGCCAUACUAGAGAUUAGCCAUCAAAGAGGGACUUAAAGAGAUAGCCAUUAUACAUUUAUCUUAUAAUCAGUUAAAGUGCAAUGUCCCUUGCCGCUGUUCUUUUAGUUAUGUAUAACUGAAAUACGCCUCAUAGGUGGAGCCAUUUGCUUUUAUAGUAUGGCCCCAGGUUAUCUCUUCAUUGUAUGAGUAAUAAAGCAAUAAACGUACUCAUAAAAUGUUUUACAUUUGUUUCCAUCACUUUCUUUUCAAGCUAUGUUUGCUUCAUGACGCAUCAUGGAGCACUCUAAGCACCAUAAGCACUGCAUGUUUGAAUGCAAUCCUUCAAUUUUCCAUCAAAAUAGCGUGUCUCUUACUUGGUCUGCUGUUAUCUGGAAGAUGAAACAGUCUCCGCAGCAACUGGUUUCAGUCAUUAAAAACCAUGAAGGGCACUGGCUAAAAGGUAUAGGUUAGCCUUUUGCACGAUUUGGCCAAACUAGUAUUUCUGAAAAUAUAUUCGCUCUCUGCCAGUAAGCUAAGCUCUGCACUGCAGCGAGCUUGUGGCUGAGAGGAGGGGAGACAAAGAGCUCUGCCUGUCAGACCGCAGGUAAGAACUUAAACCAUUACUAAAUGUAUUUACUACAACAAAAUCACUACAGUGAUUAUGAUGUUUCAAGUGUUCCUUUAAGUAAAUUGUAGCUAGGAAUUUAGGAAAAUAGUUAAAUUCUAGUUUUAUAGAAAAUAAACAAACCAAAAAUGAUUGUGCACACACUAAUGAAGUCUGCCAUGCAUGCAUAGGAUGAAUGGGAUUUAGACCCAUUGAGGCCCCAAAACAAACUAACAUCACCACAAAAAAAUGCUUAGUAUUGGCAGUAAUUUAUUUUGUCUGUUUUUAUAUUUUUAAUAUUUUGUUUUUCACACUGCAUUUAAUAAUGUGUGAUUGCCAGUGACUGCUUUAUUUUUUUUUUUAUUUUUUUUUACCCCUGUACAUACUGGAAAAUAGAGUGAAACAUGAGCUCUAUAUCCAUUAGCAAACUGCAUGUGUAUGAUUAAUCAUGUCAUCGUUAUGUGAGAAGAAAUUGGUGUGUGUGAUUAGAUCUCCCUGCCCUAUAAUUUAGUUACUCUGGAAGGUAGUGAGAGAAUAUACGGGAAACCAUUUCACAAAUCUGAAGGAUAAUAUUUCUUUAACGGCCUUGGGUACUGAAAGCUCUUUAGUGUUAUGCAAAUUAAACUGUGUUUAAAAAAAAUUAAAAAUUAAAAAAUAAUAAAAGCACAUAUGUUUAUAGGUAAGUUCAAGUAUGUCUACUAGUACAUAAAUGAUUUAUGAUCUCACUUAGAUUGUUUCCCAAUAGACAGCCACGUGCCAGUCAUGCCCGUACUUGCUUUGCGUAUAGUAACGAGUGCUAAAAUACCCAGAGGGUCAAACAUCUGCUCCUCCACACUGUGCGUAUGUGUUCGUUUUAUGUUUAUAUGUAAUGUGCAGAGAUAUGCCUAAAAUCUCACAGUAUAUUGUGAUAUAACUCUGCCUGCUCCUAGAACCCAGAUCAGUGAUGACUAACGUUUACGACGUUGGUGUAGACUACAGCUUCUGUGACGCUUAGGCAGCUAUGUGGCUAUAUAAGGAUUAUGGAUUCUGAAAGUUAUAUAUGUGAUUAAUUCUUUUUUUUUUUUUCAGGCUUUUUUUUUUUUUUUGUGGCAUGGAACUGUCUUGAUUAUAUUCUCCUGUCUGUCUACUUCUUCAAAGACCGAGGAACUUACAUCUGUUUUGAUAGUUAUUAGGAAAUUCUGAUAUAGACAAUCUCUGAUCCUGGUGGUAAAGCUAGAUAUACACUGUCUGCACUGAGCACCUCGUUGACCUUCCAAGUUUUGCUCUUCCUGAGAAAAUAAUUGUUCAUUGUUAAUUAUGGACUUGACUUUUGCUGUUGUCUUGAGAAAGUCAAUUCCUGGAAGUUAAACAGCUGUUGUCGCUUCAGUGUUUGCUUAGUCAUAGAUCUGUCUGUAGAUUUUGCACCUUUUUAGGGAAAUGUAUGUGGGAUUCAGUACAGAACUGCUGCUCCAAUAGGUGUUUGUAUAAAUACUCCACUUCUCAAAAACCUAAAAGCACAUCCUUUUUUCCAACAAUUGUCUGUCGAUUAAUCCUACUGUACUGAAGGCAGUUACAGGAAUCUUUAAUUUGGGAGUGCUAGCAUGGCAGAAAUUGCUCGAUACUCAGCUGUUUUCCCUAAAGGCACCUUAGCAAGUUAACACAGUUUCUCUUGUGAAUAUUUGUUGAUCACUGCCUUGCCGAGGUUGCAAGUUUAGUGCAAGUUUGGUUUUGCCACUCCUAGACUUUGCUGAUUUCAUUGUGUCCCUGUCCUCUCUAAUCUCUGUGUCCUGAACAUGGUUAAAGAAAAACGAAACCGAAAGAUAGUAUUGCAUACUUGUAAAGCAAAGAUUGACAUCUGUUUACAUUCCAGAUGUUUUUUGUGUAUUUAUGCUGUUUUAGCUUUCUUUGUGGUUUUCUUAAUUGAAGUGUUGCCAGGAUACACAAGACUGACACAAUAACACCGUGAAGCUUGUGACGGAGUACCUCUUCCAGGUCAGCUUCCUUGCUGCUACCAGGGACCCUGGAGCACUUAAGAUCCAGUUGCCAAAGCUUGACUGGGGUCUCUGAGGACCUCUUCCAGCAGAUCAGGCUGCACUGAUGAUAGCUCUGCCAGGUCGGCUUCCUCAUUAAACAGCGCAAGGGAGCAGAGAGGACCUGCAGUUAUAUUACUGCUCUCUCACAUGCCACCUACAUUGCUCCUGUGGGCGGCCAGCUCACAUGCUACCAUGGGCGGCUGCCUUAAAAGACCAACAUCCUAGGCACCAGGUCGAAAUUUCUAGGUGCCAUGGCGACCUGGCGCCUGGCAUUUUGUGAGCCCUGCUAUCCUGCUUUAAGGAAUAAAGUAGCAAAUAGGGUGUGUGUUGCUACCACUAUGUUACCAUGCUAUAUGAUUAGGCAUAAGCAGUAGUAACAUGUCUUUAGGUUGUAAGGGUAUCGUAAUCCCAGUUACUUAAGUUAUGAGAGAUUGGAUCUCUUCCCACAUUCCCAAUAGACAUUGGCACCUCCACCAUAUGUUGAUCAUAGAUCCCCUCUUUUCCCCACAUCUCCAGCAGAGUGGCGAGCACCCAAAAAACAUGCGUGUCAGUCUAACCGGAACCAUGUAACAGCGCAGGAUGAUUUUCCUAUGGAGCUCAAGGUGUGAUGAGCUAUGUGAUAUUCCACUGAGCGCCGUGAAGAUCUCCCUCCCUGGGUUCAUGUAUGUCUUCCCCACAGUCUUUCGACCAUUCCUUCGCAUGUGAGCAUAGUGCAAAGGGUUCAUGUGUAUUUAAGGCCUGGUAACAUAUUAAUAGUUUUUUUUUUUUUUCUUACCAUGAAGAGCUCCUAAACACAUCUUUUGAAAGUUUUACAGUGGCAUCUCCGCUGACCUAUGGCCUGUGCUCUGCAUGGCCCUGGAUAGUUGGUUCAAAUUAAAAGCUUAUCCCUGUAUUUGUCCCAACAAUCUAACACAGCUUUGGUUGUUGGGAGAGGCUGCAUAUGUGGUGUAUCCCCCUGUGGACACAACUGUGGUAGGUCUGUUAAAUAGUGCCAUCAUUGUUUUAAUAAAAGCUGUCAGUAAAAGGUGACAUGACCGAGACCAAGCAAACACCUUUUCUGCAUCUAAGAAUAGAUGGCCCCGAGUGAUAAAACCAUGUCUAUAGAGCUUGAAUAUUAAUAUUAAUAUUAUUAUUUUUUAUUUGUAUUGUAAUUAGUUUUCCUAUGGCCAAUUAUAUGAACCUCACUGUAACCUGGGGUUUAAAACUAAACUGAAAGUUGCGGAAUUGACGAGAUAAGAAAAAGUUAGGCUAAAUAAAUAUAUCUCCCCUCUCCCCCCACCACAGAAAAUACCAAUUUGUUUUUAAGUCGCUAGUUUUUCAUUUGCAUUAAAUGCAAAAACAGACUGGCAUCAAAUGAAACAAAAUCUUCUCCCUAUGAUUCAGUGCACCUGAUAUGUGAGCACUUAUGGCAUUAUGCCAAGUAGACGCCUACAGAGUAUUUUAUAAAGGACCCAAGGCAGCCCAGAUUAGCAAACCUCUCUUGAAAAUGGCUGUAUUUAAUCAUAUUUACAAGGCAAAUCAGGUUGAAAUUCAGUUAUUUCAGCCAAAUGAAUACACCUUGUUCUGUACCAGAUAGUAUCUGCUAUAACAUCAGUUGUAAUAAAUUUGUAGGCAGAAAGCUACAAUUAGCAUUUCAUUUCCAUCAUUGGCUCCAGAUUCCAGCCUUUCACUUGUAUUGUUAAAUCGUAUUUAUUAUUAGCAUUUAUAAAUUACCAACAUAUUCUGUAGUGCUUUAAAGUUAUAGAAAUGGGCUAUUUAGAGGUGAAGAAGGCCCCAGAGGUAACCUGGUUGACAUUAACAGUAAGAGUUCUUGGGCAAGACGCAUAUAUAUAUAUAUAUAUAUAUAUAUAUAUAUAUAAAUAUAUAUCUGUCUACCUCAUAUGAGUGUACAAUCUAUGAGCAUUUAAAGUAGACGGAUGUAUAUUGUUUGGUGUCUUGCUCACUUGAACAUGGGUUUUCUAGUUCUAAGGCAGUUAUGUUACCAUUGCACUAAUCUGCCAAUAUGGUCUUGAGUAAAUUCAGAAUUUUGCUGUCUAACUGCAUACACCUCCCCUGUUUUGUUGUCCUGGUAUAUUUUUGCUUGUAUUUUGAGUAACCCAGCCAGUGUGCAUGGAGUCACAAGGCAUUGUAAGAAGAGGAUGGUGUAGAUCACCCAGAAGUGUAGUGGAGAUCAUUGUGUUUUGUAUUUAUCUCUGAUGCACACCUCACAGGAGUAAAUACUUCAACAGUGUUUACAGGGCUGAGAUUAAAAAUUUGAACGUUACACUUUAAACUACACCAGUGUGCCAUCUUCUAGUUCUUCUUGGGAACCAUAAUAUUAUCAUGCACUUUCCUAGGAGUUUGUGUUGUUGGUAGUGUGUGACAAUAUCAAAGAACUUCAUGGUAAUUACCACACAUUUGUCUUUAGCAAAGUGUUUUCUUACAGACCUUUUUCUUUUUCUUUGUAUUGUUCUUAUUAAUCAACAAAUAGCUAUUGGUCAGUUUGGCGGUCAUCAUCAUAGUGUCCCUUUUUGAUAUUUGUGAGGUGUGUACUUGGCGUCCUCAUCUGUUAGGAGACGGAAGACAAGACUACAAUACAGGUAGAUCCCACAAAUCCACAGAGUACCUCAUAGAUGAUCUUUCUCGUGAGCAAUGGGAUGCCUAGUUAUGUAUUGUGCAUUGCACAAGUGGAUGCUAGCUUCAUCUAUGGCUUGCAUUGCUUAUUUCCACGGUACUAUAGGAUGUGGAAUUUGUCCUAUACAGUGCCUUGUUCCUGUCUUUUUCAUCUGCAACAAGGUUUAGAUUCACCUUGUUUAAUUGGCAUACCCAAUCUAAUAACGUGUUAAAUGUCCAUGUGCACAUACUCAUCUGGUCCUUUAAAAUGACUGAGCCCAUUCACCAAUUUCUGUACUGUCUGUACUAUUUAAUUAGGAUUGGUAUUUUUCUGAAAGCAAAUCUUUAAAAAAAGUUUUGCAAACACAGGAUGUGUGUUUCUAAAAGUAGUAAGUGUGAGGAGUAAAUCUACAGGGGAAGACCUUUCACCUAACAUUUCCAACUAGAGGCUUUUUGUGUUUUGAAGUUACUGUGAUAAUUAUAGGGAGUUGCCAUAUCGUGGUAUCCCAGCCCACGUACGUGUGUUGGAACAAAAUGAAUAAGCAUCAGACAGGCGGAAAAUUUAAUUCUUCAAAGUUUAAUAAGUGUCUGUGUGGGAGAAGGAAGGAAGAAAAUGUGGAGAGCCAUCUCAGAAGUGAAAGAGCACUGUCAUAGAUGUGCUGAAUGGAGUUCAUCAUUAAAGUCUCUUUCAGCUUCUUCACAGAGAACCUCCUGUGGUCACUUUUCAUAUAAAUAGUGUCUUUCACUUUUCUAGAUUUCAUGGUAAUGUAUUGAGUAUUGCAUUUUGUAUUCUGAGCAUUGUUGUCUUCGGAACAUAAUGUUUAUCUUGAAAGCUACAAAACCUCAGAUGUUUAUUCCAUUUUAUGACUGCCACUUGCAUUGAGGUUGUCAUAGUAAGUUCUGGUACAUUUAAAGUCAGCAAUCUAUGGCUUUCUUUUGUUCAUGUACAGUAAACGCUCUUCGCUAUCUCAAAAUCGCUUUCCUCGAAUGGAACUUGUCACACUUCACCAGCAACAGACGAUCACGUACCAUGAGAAACUAAUUCAUACAAUACUAUAUAUUUAUUCCCCUGUGUUCAUAUAUGGGAUGUUAAAGCAACUUUUUAUAAAUUGAGUUUGCUUAAAGGAAUGCUUCAGCCCAUUGCAGGAAAUACAAUUCUGUUGUGAAGCAGGUUUUUAGCAUUUGUUGCAGGAGAUAGAAAAAAAACAACCAACCAUUUCUAAAAUGCAUCUCUGAUCAUUGGAGAGAAAUAAACAAAGCAGUUGAAUCUAGACUAAAAAAAAUCUGCUACCUGUGAAUCAUGCCUAUGUACAUCAUUUCUAAAUCAAAUAAAUUUUAGUAGCUCUGCAUGGUUAUGUAAGCUCAACUGACAAAAACAAGGCAAACUGAUGAUUAUUAUUAUUAUUGGUAUUUAUAUAGCGGCAGCCUAUGCUUCGUUGAGCACAAUGUUACCCAGACUGCGGCCAAAGAAAAAUAAUCUCUGGUGAAAUGGAAUUGAUUUUUCUUUAACAUCCACUAAUUAAACCUUAAAAGGAAACACAAGGGGGUUGGGAGUUGCACUGCAACAAGGUUAUGAAGUAACGGGCUAAAGGACAACUCCGAGCACUAUAACAACUUCAUCAAAAUCUUUAGACGCUCUAAGCCAAUCACUAGCUUCCCAUUCAUAAAAAAAGGUAUCUACUGUUUUAUUUAAAACCGGAGCUACUGAAUGGCUUAGAGCAGGAUUUUACAAACUAUGGCCCUCCAGAUGUUGCUGAAUUAGCUAACCACUCCAAGCCAGACAGUUGCACCCCUGCCCAAUGCUGCACUAGCCUUCCAUAAUCUAGGAUUUCAGAGCUGUCCUGCACUGGAACACACACUUUGUGGUUAAACUUUUUUGAACAGGUUAACCCAUAAAGGUGAGCCAGCACCAGGGACCUCCUGGCAACAUGACAACUUUAUGUUGAUGAAGUAGUUAUGGUGGCCAAACUGGUCCUAAAAAACAAAUACAAAAAUUUUUUUUUAAAAAAAGUUAAGAUUAUGCCGAACACUGUAAAUAUUUCAAAGCUUUUGCUCUAAUGCGCUCAUAAUCUUGCUCUUAUGUAUAUUAAAGGAUCACUAUAGUGUCAGGAAAACAAACUCGUUUUCCUGAGACUAUAUAAUCCUUAGGUUCCCCCCUCCCCCAGUGCCCCCCUCCCGCUGGGCUGAAGGGGUUAAAACCCCUUCAGCCACUUACCUUUAUGCAGCGCUGGGCUACCUCGGCACUGGUGACCUCUCCCCCCUCCUCCUACGUCCACUCCCGUGUGGAGCCGAAUUGAAAACGCUCAUAGGAAAGCAUUUCUCAAUGCUUUCCAAUGGACGUUCUGCGUGCUCAAUGCGAUUUCUCUGAAACUGCUAUGUUUACAGAUGCAGGGUUAAAAUCUGGGGGACCUGGCACCCAGACCACUUCAUUGAGCUGGAGUGGUCUGGGUGACUAUAGUGGUCCUUUAAAUAAUUUUCUGUUUGAAUGUUUUAUACCUUCUUGAGAGGAUUUUGACAGAAGCAAAAAUGUAGAACUGUUAAUUGGCUUGUUAGUGUAUGUGUGAAAACUGGCAAGUCUGUGAUUAUAAACCUUAACAAUUUCUCAGUAAGGCUUUGGAAUUUGUCAAAAAGUGGAAUCUGUGAAAUGAUGCAAAUAAAUCAGUACUUGGAGUGUUGUUGCUUCAUCGUGUUAACUAGGGGUACUUGUGAGUUUAAUGGGGAACUCCAUAUUUAAAAAACAAACAAAAAAACACACGGGUUUCAUAGGCCCAGUUAUUGAGUAAAAACAGGGUUGGGCAACCUUCAACCCUCCAGAUGUUGUGGACAACAUCUCCCUUGAUGCUUUGCUAGCAUUAUGGCUGUAACUUCUUCCCCGUGUUGCUUAAACAAAUUUGUAGAAAUCAUAAAUGGUUUCAUCCAAUUAAGUUGAAAAAUCGUGUAAUCACUGCAUGCAUCCGCAGAAUGGCACUGUUUGGCACAAGAGCUUGAAUGAUUAAAUACGAAGCAGAUGCUUGCUCUCAGUUUUCCUUUAAAAGGCUACUUUAUGAUAUCAGUUUGGUUUGGGACUGGAGAUUUCAGUAAAUAAGACAAUAAUGUCCUUUAUAUCCUUUUACAGUCAACCUGUAUGGUGAUGACUAAAUGAUUUACAUCCCAGUUUGUAAAGGUAUGGUAUGUAUAAAUGUACACAAAAACAUCUUUAGUGACAUGAGACAUAUACAUCUUCAUAAGUACAUUUCAAUGGGCAGGUGAUUUCAAAUCCUGUACUUUGUGGAUGGUGCUGUCAGCUGUAUUCUUCACUGUAAUGAACAGAUGGGCUACCUCUUUUCUGUUGCAGAGAAAUUCUCUCAGGCUGAACUGGGAUAUACCUGUCACAUUAUGCCCAAACUACAAGUUACACUCCAAAUUGGUAGCUGUCCAUCAGGCAACUGGAAUAGAUGUUUGCUGGGACUCUAACUCCUACUAAUAUAAAAGAACACUGAGACAAUAAACAUAGAAACAUAGAAACAUAGAAUGUGACGGCAGAUAAGAACCAUUCGGCCCAUCUAGUCUGCCCAAUUUUCUAAAAACUUUCAUUAGUCCCUAGCCUUAUCUUAUAGUUAGGAUAGCCUUAUGCCUAUCCCAUGCAUGCUUAAACUCCUUUACUGUGUUAACCUCUACCACUUCAGCUGGAAGGUUAUUCCAUGCAUCCACUACCCUCUCAGUAAAGUAAUACUUCCUGAUAUUAUUUUUAAACCUUUGUCCCUCUAAUUUAAGACUAUGUCCUCUUGUGGUAGUUUUUCUUCUUUUAAAUAUAGUCUCCUCCUUUACUGUGUUGAUUCCCUUUAUAUAUUUAAAUGUUUCUAUCAUAUCCCCUGUCUCGUCUUUCCUCCAAGCUAUACAUGUUAAGAUCCUUUAACCUUUCCUGGUAAGUUUUAUCCCGCAAUCCAUGAACCAGUUUAGUAGCCCUUCUCUGAACCCUCUCUAAGGUAUCAAUAUCCUUCUGAAGAUACGUCUCCAGUACUGUGUACAAUACUCCAAGUGAGGUCUCACCAGUGUUCUGUAUAAUGGCAUGAGCACUUCCUCUUUCUACUGCUAAUACCUCUCCCUAUACAACCAAGCAUUCUGCUAGCAUUUCCUGCUGCUCUAUUACAUUGUCUGCCUACCUUUAAGUCAUCAGAAAUAAUCACCCCUAAAUCAGAAAUAAUCACCCCUAAACAUCUCCACUUAAGCUCUAUAGUUAAAGGGGGACUAUAGGCACCCAGACCACGUCAGCUCAUUGAAGUGGUCUGGGUGCUCAUUGAAGUGGUCUGGCUGCAGUGAACCCGUCCCCUUAACCUUGCUAUGGUAAUUAUUGCAGUAAACUGCAAUAAUUACCUUGCAGGUUUAAGACUGCCUCUAGUGGCUGUCAAUCAGACAGCCACUAGAGGCACUUCCGGUGGUUAGAUGACUUUUGGUCGCCUAACUGAUGCUGGACGUCCUCGCGCUUGGCAUGAAGACAUCCAGCGUCAGUCAAUUCACCAUAGGAAAGCAAUGCGUGCACAUUAGACCCCCCGGUCCGGUGAUGACGGAGGGGGUGGAGCACCAACCCCAGCACCGUGGGUGAUCGGUGCUGGGAUCGGGUAAGAACAGUAAGGGUUUAUUAACCCUUACAGUGUGGGAGGUGGGGCCGCGAGGGAGCUGUAGUGCUAAGAAUACAACUUUAUAUUCCUAGCACUUUAGUAUCACUUUAAAGGUAAUAUAUAAGAUACAUGUAAAGUGUGUUUUAGGGUGAUGAUACUAAGAUAUGUAACAGGGUUGAUGUUCCAGGAGGGAUAAGCCAAAUGACAAAUGAUUUAGGUAAACUAGAAAAAUGGUCAGAAUUGUGGCAACUGACAUUUAAUGUGGAUAAGCGCAAGAUAAUGCAUCUUGGAUGUAAAAACCCAAGGGCAGAGUACAGAAUAUUUGAUAGAGUCCUAACCUCAACAUAUGAGGAAAGGGAUUUAGGGUGAUUAUUUCUGAUGACUUAAAGGUAGGCAGACAAUGUAAUAGAGCAGCAGGAAAUGCUAGCAGAAUGCUUGGUUGUAUAGGGAGAGGUAUUAGCAGUAGAAAGAGGGAAGUGCUCAUGCCAUUGUACAGAACACUGGUGAGACCUCACUUGGAGUAUUGUACACAGUACUGGAGACCGUAUCUUCAGAAGGAUAUUGAUACCUUAGAGAGGGUUCAGAGAAGGGCUACUAAACUGGUUCAUGGAUUGCGGGAUAAAACUUACCAGGAAAGGUUAAAGGAUCUUAACAUGUAUAGCUUGGAGGAAAGACGAGACAGGGGGGAUAUGAUAGAAACAUUUAAAUAUAUAAAGGGAAUCAACACAGUAAAGGAGGAGACUAUAUUUAAAAGAAGAAAAACUACCACAACAAGAGGACAUAGUCUUAAAUUAGAGGGACAAAGGUUUAAAAAUAAUAUCAGGAAGUAUUACUUUACUGAGAGGGUAGUGGAUGCAUGGAAUAGCCUUCCAGCUGAAGUGGUAGAGGUUAACACAGUAAAGGAGUUUAAGCAUGCAUGGGAUAGGCAUAAGGCUAUCCUAACUAUAAGAUAAGGCUAGGGACUAAUGAAAGUUUUUAGAAAAUUGGGCAGACUAGAUGGGCCGAAUGGUUCUUAUCUGCCGUCACAUUCUAUGUUUCUAAAUGUUAUAUCAUAUUGAGGUUCUGGAGACAUUUGUAAGUCAAGUAAUUGUGUUGUCUCCAGAACACCCCAUUGGCAGUCUUUUUUUCCCAUAAUUCAGGGUUCUCUGUCAUGAGAUACAUCUAUGCCAUGGGAUUGUUUAUCAAGGUGAGUAUUGUGGAAUGUAAUUUAUAAUUAAAAAAAAAAAAAAAAUCUCCUCUACUUAAACAGGUCUCACAGAGCAUGGAUCUACUCCAUCAGCUAGUUUAUGUAUUGAGUUAGCUUGGCUAGCUUUUUAUCCUGUUGUCAUAAAAUGAUGAACAACCUUGUAACCAGCUUGUUAUUGGCCCUGAAAAGGUUAAAUGAAGAACACAAUGUGAAAUCAUUUCUCACCAGACUCUGUCCACAUGCCUCCCACAGCUUUUACAUCUGCUUACAGUCUGCUAAACACCACACAUUUUGCAUGAUAAAUAAUUCUAGGCAGCAACAUGCAAAUGAACUGAUGAAGUAUGCCAAUUUUCGCUUCCUGCUUCUACUUUGGGGGUUACCUCAAUGCAUCAUCCUUCUAGGGAGCAAAGGAACAUGAGAAGAAAGUAUGUUUCAGCUGUAUCCAGCUGUUGGGAGGUCCAUAGUUUAUAUCUGAAAGCCAUAUCAUGUGCGUAGAGUAAAAACUGCCACAUGUCUGCAUAUGUGUACAGGAAGAGUAUACCACCAGUAUGUGCCACAAAAUGUUCUAUUUUGUCAAAAUGAUUUCUACAUGGGGCCACAAAUGGCUGCUGUCCAGACGUUUCUAAACUAUAACUCUCUUAAAUCUUGAUAGCUGGAAGAGGGUUGUUGAGAGUCAUAGUGGAACAGCAUUUCUGUGAAUGCAGUUCUAUAGAUUGGGUCCCUUUCUAAAAACCGUGAAUUCUGUAAAACUGCUUUAUGCCAACAUUCAAGUUGUCCGAGGCUGUGUGUGUGUGUGUGUGUGUGUGUGUGUGUGUGGUUUAUCAUCAUGUGCAUAAUUCUAUUUUAGAUCUUUUGUCAUUUAUUUAUUUUUGUGCAGUGUCCACAGUUCACCUAAAGGUAUAUGGGUCACUAUGCCUUCCUUACAGUGGCUAAAAGUUUGAUGUAUUGCAUCGGCUUACUGAAUUGAUAGGAUGAGGCUACUUAGCCUGGGUAAAUGUGGGCAGUUCUCACUAUCAUUGCAAGAGCCAAAUAAGAAGCAGUCACUGUGGGAAAACAAUAGGAUGUCUCUCAACAGUUAACACUUUGUACCCGCAGUAACAGGCAUUGCCAUAGUAAAUGUCUCCCAGUGAGAGAGAAUAAUUUUACAGCAAAAUUAGUACCCUGCACUUAUGUAUUGGAUAGCACUAUAAUUAGAUGUUGAAUAAAAUUUAGAAAAUAUACCAUAUUUAUAAUAAAUAACAUUUUCACAUUAUUAUUUAUCACCAUAUGGAGUUCCACUUUCAACACAAAAAUACCACAUUAUUUUCUGUUGUUGUUGUUAGAUGUAGACCUUUUCUAAAGUAACAUUAUCUGUCUUACUGCUUAGGUUUGUGAGUAGAGUUCCUGUCUAAAUUUUUAUUGAGAAUGUUUGCAGAAGUUGUACACAUAUUGAUAUGUCAUCAAAGAUACAAAUCAAACUAUCGAAGAUGGUAGUAUACAGUAAUAAAGGGCAAACACUCUAAUUUUUCUGAUUAUAGGAAAACAAAAAACAAAAAAGAGAGAAAAGAGGGACGGGCCGGAGCAGUUUUUAAAAACAUCUGGAAUCCGUUUUUAUGUUUUUUGUUUGUUUUUCUUCAGGUUUUAAUUGGGGUUUUUGACUUUAUUUUAUUUAGCAGAAAACAUGCUGACAUUAGUUUGUCCAUUCUUUUGCUUCUUCUCAAAAUGGCUUUGCUUCAUUAUACUUCCCAUGCUUUACCCAUGAGCACAUAUAUAUGUCAACAUGGCAGUGACACAGAGUUAGUCACCUUGUUUAUUUCAAGCGAUCUAGAAGACUUGAGCUGUUGUUAUUAUGACUGGCAUUUAUAAAAGCGACAACAUUUCAGCAACGCUGUACAAUUGGGGAAUAAACAGUACAAUAUACACAGACCAAUACAAAAAGUAAAGUGGGCCAGCGGUGGAACUACUGCCAGUGCAGGUGCACUUGAGCCAGCAUGCUGUCACAGCCCAUCCGGUGUCCUUAGGGACACUCGAUAUGCAUCACUGAUCAGGUCCUCGGCUGGGCACCACAGCCCGUUAACAGUUCAUCCAGGCCCCUGUCAGAUGGUGCUGUUAACAGAGAGAGCUGCAUGGGAAGGACUGGAUGCAGAGAGGAGGGGGAGAGAGAGGAGGUACGCCAAGGAAAGGUCAGAUUCCCAUCAUCCUCCUUGCCUGCGAGCAAACCUCUAGUGAUUGAAGUGCCUAGUUAGAUUGCCUUAAUUCUCUAAAAUAAAAAGAGAAUAUCCCCCCCCAUCUAGAUCUCUCGGUGAAGUGUACUACACAAAAUUUGUGUCUGUGUGUGCAUGACCGGCAUCUUAACAUUAAUUUUUAUUCACUUAGGUCUCUUCAUAAAGAAGUACAGCCUCCAACUGAUGUAAGAACACCAGCUGCCUAACAUGCGUUAGGAUUUGGAAGAGUGCUAUCUUUGUGGAUUAUAAAUAUAAUAUUCUGGAUUUCAAAGGGAAAGAACAAAGUGACAAUGGGCAGGAAGAAAAUCCAGAUAACCAGGAUAAUGGACGAGCGGAACAGACAGGUGAGAGAUGCAUACUGAAGCAAAUGUGAAUUUUUUUUCUUAAAGGGACACUUUAGUCACCUAAACAACUAUAAUUUAAUGAAGCAGUUUUAGUGUAUAGAUCAUGCCUUUCAGGUUUUACUGCUGAAUUCUCUGCCAUUUAGGAGUAAAAUCACUUUGUUUCUGUUUAUGCAGCCCUUGUCACACCUCCUCUGACUCUGAUUGACACAGCCUGCAUGAAAAAAAAAAGGUUUCACUUUCAAUCAGAUGUAAUUUACCUUAAACAAUUUUAUCUCUUGCUCUGUAAAUUGAACUUUAAUCACAUACAGGAGGUUCUUGCAGGGUCUAGCAAGCUAUUAAUAUAGCGGGGGAUAAGAAAAUCUAAAUUAAACAGAACUUGCAAUAAAGAAAGGAUAAACUUUAGAUGACUCUUUACAGGAAGUGUUUAGGAAGGCUGUGCAAGUCACAUGCAGGGAGGUGUGACUAGUGUUCAUAAACAAAGUAAUUUAAUUCCUAAAUAGAAUUGAGCAGUGAGGCUGAGGGUCAUGUUCUAUACACCAAAACUUCUUCAUUAAGCUAAAGUUGUUUUGGUGACUAUAGUGUCCCUUUAAAAUAAAACUCCAGGAUGGUGUUGCCACCCCUUUUUUAAAGGCAGUAUGCAGACUGCAUGUUUAAAAAUAUACAAAAACAAUUAAAUUAAAGGAACACUAUAGGUGUAUUCCUGACCCUGUAGUGUUAAAACCACCAUUUAGGUGGCUUGCUCCCCCUUAACUCCCUUAAAGUUAAUAAAACGUACCUUAUUUCCAGCACCGCUGGGCUCAGCAUUAAUCCACCUCCUUGCUGACGUAAUCAGAAUUGAAUGAUUUCGGUCCUUCAUUCAAUUGGAUUGACCAAUUGAAUGAUUCUGGCCAAUCCAAUGCUUGCUUGGCUGAAAUCGGCAAGGGGUGGGGUCAAAUGCCAGUGUGGCUAAUCAGCACCUUUCCAUAGAGAUGUAUUGUUUCAAUGCAUCUCUAUGAGGAAACUUCAGUGUCUCCAUGCAGAGUGUUGAGAUGCUGAACGGCAGUCUUGCACACUGUGGAGCACUGCCCCAGGGAGCACCUCCAGUGGCCAUCUGAGGAGUGGCCACUGAAGGUGUCCCUAGGGGGCAAUGUAAACACUGCCUUUUUUUCUGAAAAGGUAGUGUUUACAUGAAAAUGCCUGCAGGGGGUGAUUAUACUCACCAUAACAACUACAUUAAAGGAUCACUAUAGGGUCAGGAACACAAACAUGUAUUCCUGACCCUAUAGUGUUAACACCACCAUCAAUCCCCCCUGGGCCCCUCAUGCCUCCAUAAAUAUAUUAAAAAUCUUACUGUGACAAGCCUGAAGCUGUAAGUCGGCAUGCUGUUAGACUCAGAAAAACAAGCAGUCUGCUGACAUGUGGCAGCCUGAUCCAAUCACAGUGCUUCCCCAUAGGAUUGGCUGAGACUGACAAAGAGGCAGAUCAGGGGCAGAGCCAGCAUGAUUCAAACACAGCCCUGGCCAAUCAGCAUCUCCUCAUAGAGAUGAAUCAAUGAAUCUCUAUGAGGAAAGUUCAGUGUCUGCAUGCAGAGGGAGAAGAUACUGAAUCACAGGAUGCUGUGCACACUGCUGCCCUAUGCUCUGCUGACAGCAGAUCUGAGUGGAUGGAGGCAUAUUAUGCCUCCAUCAACUCCGAAGUCCCUCUGGUUCACUCUGAGUGACUGCAACUGGAGGUGUUCCUAGUUUUCAAUGUAAACACUGUAUUUUCUCAGAAAAUACAGGGUUUACAUGAGAAAGGCUGCAGGGAGCUAUAGUUCUCACCUGAACAUCCUCAUUAAGCUGAAGUUGUUCAGGUGACUAUAGUGUCCCUUUAAGCUGUAGUUGUUCUGGUAACUAUACUGUCACUUUAAUUUUUUUUAAAAGCCUUUUGGUAUCUGAUAUUCUCACAGUAAUCUUUGCAGAAUCUGAAUGGUGCACUCACAAGCCAAAAAGUGACUGAUGCUCACUGAUAGAGGCACCUUAUUAACAGCAAUAAUUGGGAACACUGUGCUAACCAUUUUCCAAGGUUGGAUGAAGUUGAAAGCAGAGCAUAGGGUUACCCAUGACACAUAGUCUGAUGAGGAAGCAUGGUAUCUCAGUGCACUAUAACCAGUUCAGUACGAUCAAAUUGUUAUAGUACCUACGGUCUCUUUUUAACUGGGCAGUUCUGUAAAAUCAAAAAAAAGGAAUCCCUGGUUCUUUACUGUGAAUAAUUCAGCCUCCAUAGAAAACUGGAGUUUUAUUCAUUACUGAAAUUAAUAGUAACAGCUAAACUACAUACUACGUGCCAAGUCUAACCACAGAACUGUUGUUAUUUUUUUUUUUCCCAUUAGGUCACCUUUACCAAAAGGAAGUUUGGGUUAAUGAAGAAGGCCUAUGAAUUGAGUGUACUCUGUGACUGUGAAAUUGCACUGAUUAUUUUCAAUGGCUCUAACAAACUGUUUCAGUAUGCGAGCACGGACAUGGACAAAGUCCUCCUCAAGUACACUGAAUAUAAUGAACCCCACGAGAGCAGAACCAACUCUGACAUAGUGGAGGUAACGUUAUUACUGAUGAUGUUUCUUAGAUAAUUGUGAGAUUUAAGGGUGUUUUGGAAUUGCAUGUGCAGCUCUGGAAAGAGAGAAGUACUUUUAAAAAAAUUUUUUUUUUUAAAUUCCUUAUUUUUGUUGUGCAAAAGAAAAAUACAAGCAUGCCUGAGGUGCCCCAAAGGCAGUCCCCAUGCGUUCAUAACGUUUUACAUAGUGAGGCAAAUGAUUAACGUGCACAAAAUGUAAGAUGUAUAGGUGUAAGUAGUUGUGUCUUUAAAGCUUCGGUGUUAGUGGUAGGUAAACAUGCUAUGCAAACAUCUAUUGUUACUAACAUCAGACUGAGAUUCGUAUCAGGAGUAGUUCCUAAGGUAGUAUAUUCCAUUUAUGUGUUGUGGGGAGGUCAGCGUAUGGUGCUGCUAGUACCCUUUUGUUAAUUGUGGUGUGUAGCCUAGGUAAGCGGAGGGUAUCCAGCUUAGUGUGCUAGUCAAGUAUAACCAUGUAUGUAUUGCAAUAUGAAGUUAGGCUAUUUACUUUUGUGUGUCGGCUGUUCCGACGCCAAGAGUCCUGUAGUUGAGGGGGGGGAGGGGGGGUUUGGGGCUGCGGUGAGUGUGGCUAGCCCGUCUUGUGCAUGCUUCGGUUGGUCAUCCGAUGCCCUGUCGUGGGCCAUUACUCACAGGUAGGCUCAGUUCUCUGUGGGGAGCUGUGAAGCCUUCUGGUGGCAGUUGGUUCCUCCAGCUCGGGGACUGCGUGGACAGUAGUGCUCUGUUCCCACAGGUUAAAAGUCUCGAGAGUCCUAGGGUUUUUCCCGUAGGAUCAGGACGGCAGGUGCCAAUCCUUGUCGGCGUGAGUGUCCCCCUGUUUCUUCAGUCUCCCCGCUGUCGUGUCUGUGGCUGGUGUCUCCGCCUGUGAUUGUGUCGGGCUGCAUUCUUGGGCCUCCACAGGUGUUUCCGCUGGCACAGGUGGCUUGGGUUUCACUACUUGUGGUUCCGAUGCCGGGUGGGCCUGUGUCGGGAACCGCGCCUGUUUGGGUCUCUGUUUGCCGCACUCUGUUCUUGCGCUUUGUGGAGUCCUCCCCUCUGCCAAGCUGUAGUUCCCUGUGUAUGCUGGGCCCAGCAUGGACCAGUGUUGGUGGUAUGGAUCUAUGUUUCUGCUCCAGGCGUGUCCAGAAACGGUUGCAAGCAGCGUCAAACCUGGCUUUGAAGUCUGCUGCCCAGUCGCUGGGAGUUUAUUGGUCUGAGUAGGUAACGCCACCGUCUGCCAUUUUGAUCGUGCCUUGUGGUUUCUGCUUAUUUGCUGUAUACUCAAGGGUAUUUCGUAGCUUGGUUGUCUUAGUCUGGGUAGGUGGACCGGGAUAUCCUCCACCAGUCCUGGGGGGAGAGGGAGGGGGGGGGGGAUUUGUCGGGGUCCCAGUCACCGUUGUUGUGCCCGGAGAGCGGCCAUCUCUGUGGGGCUCAGCGUCUGGUAGGCCGCAAGCGUUAGGAGUUGGUGUUCGAGAGAGGCACCGGUUAGGGUAAGAUGCCCUGUUUUUCGUUCCCAGGCAUGGGAGCUCUUUCCUGGCACGUCUGGGCUGCUUGGUUGCUUGGCUCCGCCCCAGUACUUUUUCUUUUUGAUUUCAUUUUGCAUUUGGUGGGGACAGCAAAGACUGAAGUAUGUGAAAACAUAGUGAAUACAAUAUAAAUGAACUAGUUGCAUAAUCCACUGUUGUAAUACAGUCUGUAGAGUUAGUUUUAAUACAUUUGUGGUAGAUCUAACUUUAUGAUAAAUAAUCUAGUGAAUAUCUUACAUCAACUUCAUAGCAGCAAUUUGCUAAUGACUAAUGUGGCCAGUGUUAAAUGAUUCAUGUAUUAAUUACAACCAUCAGCAUUUUUAUUGGGACAUUAUCAAAUGAUAUCUUGGCGGGGAGUUAAAUUGUAUCAGAUGGUUCCUGUAAAAUAGAAGUGGGGAUGCUGAUUUUUUUUUUUUUUUAUCAUUUAUUGUUUUGGCAAAUCAUAUUCUCCUCUUUAACACAUGUAAGACUUAUCAUUCAUCAUCAUAUGAAAUGUUAUGUCAUUAAUCUUAUAUUUAGCCCAGCUAGCCAUGAAAAAAUCAGAAUAGCAGAAUAGCCCAAAUUCAGCUGUUUUGCCUCAAAGGAAAGCUGUCACAUCCUAUGAUUUUUAACAUUAUGUUUACUUAUCUCUGCAUUUAGCAAAUUUGUAUUUGAGAGGUGCAAAACAAUAAAAUGAAAUGUAGAAAUCCACACCUUUCUAUCCUACAACUGGGAGCCUCCGUAGUCGUUCCCUGUCAAUCAUUGUCUGCCUUUGAGACAGGGACUCACUCAGGUGCUCUUGAUAUAAUUCAGCAGUUACACAUGCACAGAGAACAAGUUUUCCAAAUGUAUUAAGAGUCACCACCAUGUACUAAAGUGGGAUAUAUAUGAGGGAUGGUUCCCUCUGUUUGAGAUUCUUAACAGAUAUAAGGUAAUGCAAUGCAGGAAUACGUGAGAGGUAUAAAACACUAAUGGUGCAUGGAUUAGUUUAGGAAAGGUAAUGGAGUGGCACACGGCAGACCCCAGUUAAGAAGUCAAACCAUUCUUAAACCAUUUGACUACAAUGAUGGGGGUGAGGUGCCAGCAAACUGUAGUGCUUAUGGUGCUUGGAGUGUUAACGUCAGAUGCACCUUUGUACACAUGUUUAUAUCUUACCAUUGAAGCAGAGCUACAGAAAACUAUUGGUACGUAAAAUAUAAAAUCAUUUUCAGUCAUAAGUGGACGUUUAGCUUGCUAAUUAAAUUCUAGGAGCUGUUUACUAAGAUGGCAAGCUAGAUAUUUUCGGUUGAGUCUCUGCUGUCAAGCUCUUAGGACCUUGUUAUUAGAUACCCCAUAUUUCUUUGCUAGCAAAGACAAGAGCCUGUAUAAAAAAGCCUAGAUUGACACAAUGAGCACUUCAUGUCUGCUUUCAAAUAUGGCUUGGGCAGAGACUUCCUCAUGUGGCUGUUUCUGAAUUCCAGCCUUUGUGAAGUGUUUUCACAGAUGUUUUCAAGCUUCUGUAGAAAUGCCUUAGAUUACAUUGAGUUUAAUAAAAAAAAGGGUAAUUUUUGGUAGCCAAAUAAAACAUAAUCUACAGGUUUGGUAUCUGGCAGCACUUGCUUAAUCUCACAAUCCACAUCAAUAUUAUUGAAGCUGUUAAGGCAAAUUAUAAAGCAGCAGUGUUUCAAGCAUCUUAAUUCUUUUUGCACAUGUGUUUCAUAAAUAGGAAGGCAGUAGGUUUGGCAGCUUUAUAUGACAAUUGAAUACUUUAGUUAAUGAGUUUUGGCAAGAGUGUUCCGUGCCAGGAGAAAUGAGAUCAGUGGCGCUCAGUGCAAUGUCUUGAAGACAAAUUGCUGUGUGUUCUUUGGCUUUGGACGUGGCUGAAGACUGCCUGUCUCUUUGAAAGAUUUUCUUGGAAGAAUUUCAACCUGUUGAAUAUGUUGUCAUGGUUUGUUGGACAUGAUCAUUAAAACCUCUAGUAAAUAAUUAGUGGCCAUUUAGUGCAACAGCAUUUUUUGUUGUUGUUUUGUUUCAUUAAACAUACAGUUAUGGUUGUUGGAAAUUGGCUGAACGUUGUAGUGGAAAAAUAUUGUUUGCUUUUUAAAAUGUACUAAAAAAUACAUCAAAACACUCAAUUCUUUACAUUUUUGACUGUGCAGCCUAGUGAUUUGGAGAUGCAGUUUCAGUUAUGACCAUUAACAAUUUAGAAAACCUGUUACUUGCAAAAAUAAGCUAUACAUUUGGCCCUCACUGGCAUUUAGAACAUUCAGCAAAAUAUUUUUUUUGGAUUCUCUCCUUGGUUGAAAUAUAAUGAUAUAAUGUUUAGAAAUGUUAUCAAUCUCACAAACAAUAUCGCCAUUGGUAUUCCUGAGCAUAUGUAUUAACACUAAGUGUAAGAUUCACCCUCGCAAUGUUUUUCUUUACCAUUGUAAAGUUUAGUGGUACUUUAUAGGAUUAACAAGUUGAUUGAUUAGCUCAGUGACUUGUGCUCGUAAUGUAGAUUCCCAGCAGGGCCGACUGAGGUGUUUUUCCUAUUGAGAUUGGUAUAAAAGAAGUACCAUGGACUUGGUUAAUUAUAGGGUCAGUACCAUACAUUUGAAUAGUAAUAAAAGCUGAUUUUAACUUUCAACUGAAAGGAAUACAAAUGUUUAUUCCUAACGCUGUAGUAUUCUACCAUCUAUUUAGAGAAAAUUAUUUUUGUUAUUUUAAUGCCAGAAGAGAGUUCCCAGCCUUAGCCAUAACUCAAGUAGGACAGUGCUGUGGAAGGCCAGGGACCCUUAUUUAGUGUUAAACUGCUUGAAAAUGGUUUAACACUUAAUGAAGAUACCGCACCAGAGGACUCUAGGCACUAUAAAAAUUCAGUGAGAUGAAAUGCUUUUAGUGGCUACAGUGUCCCUUUAAACAUGCAUCCAUUUAACUUUUUCCCAUUCCCACUUUUCCUCUAGUGCUUCUGAGAUCUACCUGACAUGGCAUCCUCUGGGCCAUGGGUUGGUAACCUUCGGCACUCCAGAUGAUGUGGACUACAUCUACCAUUGUGCUCUUACAGCCGUAAUGCUGGCAAUGAAUUAAGGGAGAUGUCGUUCACAUCUGGAUUGCCGAAGGUUGCCUAUCCAUGCUCUAGUCUAGGCAAUAAGGGAACAGGAAAUUAAGUAUAAUUUGUGAAAUGCAGAGCACAUGACACAUUUUAACAGAAUAUAUUCUCCCCCUCCCCCCACAUUCUAAAGUUGCUGUAAUGUAAUAAAUGCUGCCUGAUCAGUUUAAUAUUUGUAUAGACACCAUCCAAAAACCAACAGAAGUGAUUUUCUAUUUGUCUAGUUUCUAUGGAGAUGAAAUCAGAGUACUGUUCUGUGGCUCCAGAGGUCCUCUGUCUCUACUUGUGCAAGGAAGCUACCACACUCAUCUUGUGCAGUCUGCACUUAAGAUCCAUGCUGUUUGCCCUAAGGAAGCUGCCUUUAUUCCAGUGUUCUUUAUGGUCCUUUUCACAUUUUAUUAAUAAUAAAAUCGGUGAGGGUUUAUGCUACUCAGAUCAAAGCCUUUAAAGAAUAUAGCAUAUUAACUAGAAAUAAGUGGAUCCAAGAACAUUCAUACGAGUACUGGAACUUGGUAUUAUUCUUGUUUUUGCUCUUUUAAAAUAGCCAGAUUCUCAUGUAAUAGGAGUCAUUUGAGGAUGCCAAACACACACAUAUAAAAACCCUUGCCAGAAAGAAAAUACCAGAUUUCAACUCCAAGUCCAACUAGCAACAAAGUAUUUGUAUUCUUAAAGCUAUAGUGUUCUUUUAAUUAGUUUCCUAAUCUAUAUCCUAUGUACUAGGUGAAAAAAGGAGGCUACUUCAGAGAAUCCAAACAUAUGUUCCUGCAGCUAUAGUGAUUUAAUGAUUUAUAUUAGUGCUAACACCUAUCCCCAACCCCGUGUGCACUGUUUUUUUAAAAGAAAGAUUAAAUUACCUGUCUGCUCGUGUCGCCAUGGUCUCUGUGGGAUUCCCUGCUCCCUUGGCUAAGAUAACCAAUCCUGAUCAUCUCAGCCAAUCCAAUCCUUCUAUGGGCUAGUGCACAUGUGCGGCAUAUUGCUGUAUUGCACCAAUCAGUGUCUACUCACAGAGAUGCAUUGCGUCAAUGCAUCCCUUUUGGGAGCAUUCAGCAUCGGUAUGUAGAAUGUCUGUCCUACAAUCUUUGCAUAACCAAUCUCAGGGAGUCACUCUAGUAGUGGCUGUAGAAGUAACAGCCCAUAGAAGAGGCCUUAGGUGGCAGUAUAAGCACUGCCUUUUCUCAGAAAAAACUGCUUAUUUACACUGUUGAGGCAGCAGAGACAUGCUGUUUGCACAUAACUAUUAUAUUAAGCUGUGGCGGUUCUGGUGCCUUUAAUAUCCCUUAAAAAUAGAAUUAAAAUACAUAAAAUAUAGGGAGAAACAUUAAAAAGGAAAGGAAAAUAUAGGCACUUUCAUAUUCUUCUACUUUGACUUAAUUUGCAAAUAAUUCAGUCACAAGGUGCUGGCAAUGGAUUACCUUCGGGGAGGCAAUGCAGUAAAGUUAAAUAAUCGUGUGUGUUUCUAAUUAGACACUUAAUCAUAGGCAAUAUUUCAUUUUUAAGGAAAUACUAUACAAAGUAGAAUAACUACAUUCAAAAACAGAUGUUGAAACCGGGAAAUACAUUUAUGAAAAAAAAAAAGAUAACUUUUAGAAUCGGGAUCAUCGGAGCCCAGACGUCUUGGCUCCUAUAAAUAUCUCUCUUUAAAAAUUCCUGAGUGCAGGUCUCCUUGUUUGAUAUAACUACCGCAGGAUGAUGCAACAGGUUAAGCACAGAUUAACUAAACCGUGUGCUCUGUUCUUGGGAAUAUAUAUUUAUAAUGAAACGUGUGUCAGCUGAUUUCUUUUCAAUUUGCUGACUGACUUUAUUCUCUGCACCUGAAUGAUGUGUUUUCAUACUAUCCAUUCCUUCCUUCUUACAUCAGAGCUGUGACUGAAAAACAGACCCCUCCUAUAUAAAAUUUACACCUGUAUGCUCCAAUCCUAUCUCAAGGCCAACAUUACAAAUAGACCAAGAAUAUGGAUCUAUAGUGUUCCUCCCAGAAGCUCCAUAUGCAAUCCUAAAAGUAAUGGAAGUAGCUGUACCAUUUAUUUCAUCCAUCAUGCCUUACAAAUCGCACAUGGUCUAAAAAAUGCCUAUCUCGUCAUUCACUACUCCCUAUCAAAUUCUGAAUAUGCCACACUCUAGCUUUGCCUUCAUUAUCAGGGAGCCAUUGGUACCUUUUUACUUUCUACAUCUCUAUUAAUUGGCUCUGUAACAGAGUUCUCCCAAAUAAUGCUUUGGUUUUGUUAUCGCUAAUUCCAGCACUCCUGCAAAAAGAUGAUGGCGUUUGUUUGAAUAUACUGACUUAAGGUUUGAUUCCCAAAAUUUAAAAUUGCCAAUGUAAAUAUACCAUGGACAUGAGAAUUGCAAGUAGGGAAUUCCAAAGGGCACUCCCUUCAGACAGGCUGAUCUCUCUACUUUAUUGGGUUUAUGGAUAAUCUCUGUGUAAUCUGAAGGAGCAUGUUAAGGGCAAGGACAAAUCACCAGGUCUAAACAUUAUCUAGGCUUGUGCCUGGAAGUAAGCUGCCUGUGCUACACUGUUUAAUCCUGCAUACUAACUUCCAAACUUGUUCAAUACACAUGCAACCUGUAGUAGUGUCAAAUCAAACCUCUCUUUAUUGGCGAUGAAGACGUUUGUGUUUGUUUUUUUUUGUUUUUUGUUUUAAUUGAAAGUGGCAAUAUAGUGGGUUUAUCAAAACAAAGUGUAGAUAAAUACUUUGAGAUGCCGCAAUAUUUAAAUUGUCCUCAACAUAUUGGCGCAAUACAUGAAAACAUAAAAAUAAAUAUAUGCAUAACAAAAAUAUGUAAUUACAAAUAUAAAAGAAAUCCACAGAGAACAAACAGAUAAAAAUUGCACGGAGGGUUGUGAUGGAAUUCAAAAGUACAAUACUUACAAAAUUAUUAUUAUGUAUAGAGCGUCAACAAAUUCCAUGCUCUGUACAAUAGCCCCUUAAGGACACAUGACGGAAAUAUUCCGUCAUGAUUCCAUUUUAUUUCAGAAGUUGUGUCCUUAAGGGGAUAGGCAAACUAACAAACAUGUAUUUGCAACAAGACGAGUUGGAAGCACAGGAACUGAAAGUGUUCAAGGGCCCUGCCCAAACAAGCUUACAUUCUAGAGCGAUUGGGGUAAAGUGACAAAUUAUGUAAGGGUAGGAUGUAUUUCGUGUCUGGGAAAAAGAAGGUUACUAGAAUAUUUUACAAUGAAGGGUUAGUUUUUUUCUUUUUUUUAGAUGACACAGUUGCAGAUGAGGAAGCAGGGUGGGUUACCAAGGUGCAGGGAUGGAAAGCUAUUGACAGUUUAAUUUAUAUGCUUUCCUAAAGAAGUGAGUUUAUAAAAUAAAAAUCCAAUUGCUCACUUAGAUGCUUAGUGUGUUAAGAUAAACAUGGAUUCGGUGCCCAGCCUAUAGUGCUUUUAAAUAAUUAUUAAUAUCUAAAAAUCCUUUGAAUGGAUUUUGAGUUCUUGCUUUGUGCAUGGACAGACCUUCGUUGCUUAAGGUGUUUUAUCUUCUUGCCAUGUAACACACUUUGUUAGUGCAUUGCGCAUGUUGGGGAUAAUUCUUUUCCUAUUCGGAUCCAACCCGUACUAUGUCAGAGUGUGCAUCAUUGGUAGGGAAGCACUCCAAAUGGCAACAUAUUUAUUCAAAUAGGGUGUCUACAAAUUAAAAUCUUGCAACUAAAAGUUAAUUUGCCAAAAUGUCAUGCUAUAAAAAUAAUGAUACAACAAUUUAAUCCGGACAACGUGGCUUACUAUUAAAAAGGAAAUUUUAACUGGACUGGCUUGUCAUAUGGGAACCACGCCAUGAGCGUUUUGGUCUGCUUGGGGAAGGUUAGUCCUACACUCUCAGGCUAUCAUAGGCCCAGGAUGGAGAGACUCAGUAUUGAUAAUGCGUAAGUUUUAAAUUAUUAAUCAAGGCGGCCAAGAGUGUUGUAGAAAGCCUAGAUUAUCACAAAUCUUUCCUAAACGGUUUAACAAAAUGGGUGGUGCCACUUAUAUAGACUGUUUGGACCAUAACUUCUUCACUGAGCUGUAUUAGUUAUGGUGCCUAGAGUGCCCCAUUAACAGGUGUUUGCAUAGGGGUCCAUAUCCUGACAGCUUCUCUGCUGCAAUGUGACCGUUCGAUAUAAUAUCCUAUCAGGCCAUUUCCCAAAACAGCCAUUGCAAAAGUAAGACUCAAAAUAAAUGGAUCUAGAAAAAUCUUACCAAUAAUAAUGAAUAAUUUAUUAAAGUCCUGUAUGUUGUGUAGCAGCAAUGAACAGCUCCCGCUGUCCUAUUCCUUCCUUGCAUUAGUAUUUAAUAAUAUUGACAAUUGUCUUAAGGAUAUAUAUUAUAUCUAAGGUAAUGGUAUAAAGCUUUCAAACCAGUACAACCUUUUAAAUAAGCACAUUUUCUGGUUAUAAGGCAUAGAAAAAUGGGGUAGUAUAUUAAAGUGUUUAUUGUGUUGUCUUGUUUUUGUUUCUCCAUAAAAUGUCAGCCUCAAAUCCUCUCAUAUAAUUUAAUAGUUUCUGCCCAGUGGCUUUUGUUGUUUUGAUUGUUUGGCAGUGAAAGGGUUGUGUUUUGGUAGGAUGGAAAGCAUGUAUUGAGUGGUAUCAUUUUGUGCAGUUAGAUGAAUACCCAUCCAUCCCGGCUAAUCUCCUGGCAACAGCUAGAUGAGGGGCACUUACCCUCGGUAAAUGGCCCUUUGACGUCAGUCUUGUUUUUCUACCAGAAGUUCAAGUGGAUGUUUUCUCAUCCACAACUUUUCUACUUCGGUUAUUUUGAGUAAAUAUCACUCACGAACAGUCAGUGUGGCUAAUUAAGCAGCAAAAAGCCCAUAUCUCUUAAAAAGCUUCUUCCUUAGAAUCCUUAAAAAGAAAGCUGACAGGGGAGAGUGUUUGAAUAGAUAUUUCCUGUAUUAUUUAUUUUAUGUUUGUAAAAGAAAUGGAGCUUACAUUUUACAGGGACAUUUUAAAAAGAAGUUUCGGUUUAAAAGUAAGGCCUAGUAUAUUUUAAAAAUAAGUUUAUGUUAGAAACUAAGGACUGAAGGAAAAACGCAAUGUUUAGUUAUUGUAUGUGUCUUGGGAGGGGGACCUAUAAAUUAGUUUUUCUGCUCCUAUAAGAAGUUGAGUUUAUAUUGCCCUCUUUGUCAGAAUUCUUUCUCUUUCUUGCUUUUAUAUAAAGGGAUGUACAUCACAAAAAAAAACAGCUAUUAGGAGUAGAAAGGUAAUGGGAAACCCUUCAAAGUAUAUCAUAUAGGCUAUAACCUCUUUAGGUUUUUGGCUGCUCUAGGCCAAUACAAGUACUAUACCAACCUCACCAUAUACUUGUCACACACAAACUUACAUUGGCACAGAAUCAUAUAGACACACACAGUAUCACAUACUCACAAACAUUUCCAAUGUUUACACUCCCUUUCCUCUCCGCUGCAGCUCACCUUUGCCCACACUGGGAGCAGGAAAGGAGGACCAUAGUUACAGCAUACGCUGAUGUGUAGUGGUGAGAAGUCAGGGACUCCUUCAUGCUUUCCUCUCUGAGGGAGGCAUAGAUAACGGGUAGCAGAUGCCUAUCUAUCACGCCACAGCCACUACCUCUAUUGGCAGUGCAGGACCUGAUUAAGCAGACAGUGAAACAAGAAACAGCCCCCUGCUGGUAAAAAAGAAAAAAUCUCCCCCUCCUGCUGUCCUAGCUAGCCAGAUAAAAUUAUGUCCCUGGUCAGUAGGUAAUUGUUUGGUAAUGGACACAACUACAUUAUUCUGCAGCCCUGUUUACCUUUCCUAUUUACAAAGUAGUUACAGCCCAGGUAGGGAUCCUGGGAUUGAAUAUGCAAAUGAGGCCCACAGUGGUUUCCUUUAACCACUGUAUUUACUCUAUACAUAGGCCUCUUCAGGUUUGUGUGCUGUCAAAUAUAUCUUCUGAAACUUAACCUAUAUUGGAGUUAUACUGCCAGGAAAUGUAGGCAAUGACAUUUUGUGAUUACUAGAAAUUAUCUGUAGUUGAUAAUGUACGUUAUAGGUAAAAUGUUUACUAAAAAUUUUUUACUGUAGAGCAACCAUGUCAAACUUUGUGCUGUGGCUGCGAACAGCCGCUAGACAGGAAAGAUAUUUCCUGUCUGAUUCUUGUUUUCCCUCCUACGGCCACAAGAGAGCAGAGUGACUGUCUGUCUGCAAAGCAGGCCAGCCACUCCCCCUUCCCUCCUGCUCCCGGUGCCAGCGGAGCAUAUGCCAUAGAGGGGCAGUGUAUUAGAGUAAUGAGCAGGGGGCAGUGUAUUAAAUUGCAUGGAGGUGCUGAACUCUCCCCAUGGAAAUGCUGAUUGGCCAUGCAGCAUUUUGCCACACAUGCACAAUAGCCUCCCAACGCUCUCCUAUGGGAAAGCAUUGGAUUGGCUGAGAUCAUCAAGUUUGAUGAUCUCAGCCAAAGUGAAGAACAAACUCAUAGAACCUCAAAAUCAACAAAAUAACGUAAUUUGUUUUUUUUACAGCCGUGCAACAGCAUACAUUCACCAUUUCAGUCCUAUUACCAAACUUUUCUUAAUAUGUCAAGGUAGUUGGACUGAAACAUUGGUUAUAUGCAAAUGCACGUCUCCUUAAAAUACAUUUUCUCUUUUUACUUUAAAGCGCUAUGAGCGUGAGGACGUCCAGUGUCAGGCAACUUUUUUUUUUUUUUUUUAUACUGUACUUAUUUAAAUAAACCUACGUUUCUAUGAAAACUGAAGUUUUGGGGGUUUUUUGCGGCCCACAUAAAAUGUUUAUUUGGCCCAUGUUAGCCUUUGAGUUUGACAUGUUUGCUGUAGAGAGACCAAUGUUGAACAGAAAUACACAUCCCAGACAAAAAAUACCCUUUUGGUUUUUAAAUGUAGUGUUAUACGUUCUCAGUUUACUAUACUUAAAUUAAGAAUUCUGAAUAGGGGUAUGCAAAUGAGAUACUUCAGAACUUUGUAUUUUAUUGUCAUACAGCCUACCACAAAUGAUCCUUGUCCCUAGUUCUGCAACAUCAGUACCUAACAUCACAAAUGCUCUACUGGAUGAAUGGGCAAAAAUUCACAAAGAAGCACUCCAAAAUCUUGUGAUACAUUUUGCCAGAAGAGUGGAAGCUGUUAUAGCUGCAAAGGGGGGACCAACUACAUGUUAAUGUCUAUGUAUUUAGAGUGUGAUGUCAUAAAGGUCCCUGUUGGUUUAAUGGUCGUGUCUGUCACAUAGCACUAAUAGCUAGACUUAGCUGUUGCAGAGUGUGUGGAUUUCCCCUUUCUUUGGCCCCCAAAUUCAUCUCUCCGGAGGCUUUUCUUAAGUUGUGAAAGCGUACCUGCAACUAAGCUUCCUGAGGGAUGUCAGUCUAUCCAUAAUGCAGGCUUUUUAUUAAAAUGUCAGUGGAAAUACCUCACUGGUUGUAGUAGAAUGUGUGUGUAAUGCGGGCUAUCAAAUUACUUGGUUCCCUUGUUAACUACAUGACCUCUAACCUUUCUUGUCUAGUAUAGAUAUAGCAUCUGAGCAUUGCUUUCACCAACAGGAAAAAAAUGUAUCUGACACCACAGAGUGGCCUUUUCAUACAGAUUACAGUUAAUCUAACUCUGCUGUAAAGGGAAAAAAAAACUAUUUCUAGAACAAACCCACACUCGAGAAGAAUAUCAUUGGUUAAUUACAAUGUUUAAAGCGAUAUCUGUUAUGAUGUAAUGUCUAUACAUAUGUAAAGCUGGGUGUAUACUUAGGUGGGUUGCAUACAAAUAUUUUUUGAUUAGUCUCUACCAAAUUAUGUGGUGGUGAACAUUCAACAUUCCUGGAUCUGACAUGACAGUCCCUAUUUGUCCCUGCUCCAGGGAUCAACAGAGAUAACUCCAAAAAGUAUCUGUUCAUUACAAUCUUGAGAAAUUUGCUACAACAUAAAACAGUUUGGGGAUGUGACUGCAGGAAUAGAAUUAAGGUAACCACGUGACUAACAAUAAAAGUCAGUUAGAACAAGAACGAGUCAUUUGUGAAUACACUAACUAUAGUAUAUAAAAGCUUGGUGUUAGUGCUAUACUGUGACUUGCUGUGCAUAUGUAUGGUGCCCUCUUACACCCCAAACUCUCCAAUAUAACAUUUUCUCUAGGACAGAGAAAUGUUAGAUGCCACAGACGUUCACUUCUAAAGCAGGCCAUUCAGAUAGAUAUGAAUUCAACUUCUGAUGUAAUCACACAGGUUUAUAAUAAUUCUGUUAUUAAAAAGACACUCCACUGCCUAAAUAACUGUAAACAUCACUGUUUAGUAAAUAUACACCAAUGCAUGCAUUUAUGCUUUUUUUUAUCAUUUGGGGUAUAUCUAAAAACAGAUUGCAAAAGCUGCAGUCCUCUUGUCUGAAGCCUUUGCAAGCCCUCCUCUUCUAACCCUGCCCAGACUUCAUUUUGAAUUACUGUUGAAAUCUGCACUUUUUGUAAAAUGAAAAACAAAACAAAAAUAAACAGGAGACACUCUCUCAAAGGACCACUAUAGUGCCUGGAAAACAUACUCGUUUUCCUGGCACAAUAGUGCCCUGAGGGUGCCCCCACCCUCAGGGUCCCACUCCUGCCAGGCUGGAUGGAGAGGAAGGGGUUAAACACUCUCCUCCUCCUUUCCCCGUCAUCGGCUGAAUGCGCAUGCACGCGCAUUCAGCCAGUUUCAUAGAAAAGCACUCUCAAUGCUUUCCUAUGGACGCUGGCAUCUUCUCACUGUGAAAAUCACAGUGAGAAGCGCGGAAGCGCCUCUAGCGGCUGACAAUGAGAGAGCCACUAGAGGCUGGAUUAACCCAUUUGUAAACAUAGCAGUUUCUCUGAAACUGCUAUGUUUACAGCAGAAAGGGUUAAUCCUAGGUGGACCUGGCACCCAGACCACUUCAUUAAGCUGAAGUGGUCUGGGUGCCUAUAGUGGUCCUUUAACAUGGAGUGUCCCACCCAGCUUCAGAGGCCCAUUUGGAGGUGACCACAGGAAGGUAUAUGUUUCAGUAGGUUUUGGAUGUAAUGUCACUUUUAUUAUAAUUUUCAUAGUGCAGAUAUAUGAUAUGCAUUGUGAGUAUAUAUAUCAAAGAACUAUCACUUUAGUAUUGACGCUGAUUUUUUUUUUUAAAUUGCGUUGAUCACAUUCAUUUUGCAUCAUAUAUAUUCACAAUGCUCUUCCAACAGAUUAUUACAAUACACUUUUGCUUUUUUAGCACUAUUUAGUUUGUCUCCCACGUUGGAAUUAGUGUAGGACCAACCGAUACUGGGGUACAGUGAAGUAGUGUUGGGCUUAACACAAUAUGGCCAUAUGGUGGAACUGAAUCCUCAUAUAUGCUAGUUGAGAUAGCUGAUGUUAAGUAGCCUUAUAAAAUGUAAAACUGUAUUUUUAUGUGUGGGCUGUAACUUAAAUCGGUAUUAUGUAUAAAUGGUGGUCAUUACGGCAGCGCCAUUACUGCAAAAUGCAUGCUCUCGGUGUGCCCCCAAUUUAUUUAUUUUUGUCUUUACUAUGUCCCUUUAAAUGUGUGAAUUUGGUCUUUUUUUUCUUUUUCAAAAUGCUUGUCAGUAUUAACUUGUUCUCAAGCGGAUGUUUUGGGAAUUUGCAUAUGAGUGUUUGGCAAAGCAAUGACAGAGAAGUCUUAAACUGGGGGGAAAAAAAGUUUCCAACUCUGUAAAUACAGUCGACUAAUAAAACUUGUGGUUUAGUUGAUGUAGCAGAUAAAACUAGUGCUUCGGAUGAUUUGUCAAGUCAUGUAAUGUGUCAUUUUAUUUUGUCCUUUGUAAAAAGUAGGAUGGUCCUGAAUUUUAUGAUGCUGGUGUUGUGGUGGGAGUAGAUGAGAGAAAGUAGUUUGAUGUUGAAAUGAGUUUAGCAUUAGAUAACGAGUGAUACAAUUUGUGAUGUAAACAGAAAGUGUACAUUCAUAGUAAAGGUCAAGAUGAACUAUUCUUUCCUCCAAAUAGGUUUAGAUGUGUAUAUACAUUUUUAUAAAUGUUCGGUUAUGGUGAUGGUUUUAAAGGUCAAACAGGAACAAGCUGGUGUUAAUGAAAAUACACCAUUGUACAAAAGAUGGUUAUAUUAGCACAGGAAGGGUAGGCGAUUAUCAUGUGCAGAACUUCUAAUGAGUUUGAAAUGAUGUAGUUCCCCUAUGUAUAAAGUAUGCAGGGUUUGUUUUGAUUUAUAUUUAUUAUAAUUUAAUUAUUUUAUGUUUUAGUAAAUGGGUGGCCAAUGCUUGGUUCCCCUGCUUUAGAACUGCAAGAUAAUUUGCCUCGUUCUGCAGUCAUAUGAGGACUACUUUUUGUGUUUCACUCGAAAUAGGUCAUUGUUGAAGUUAAAAUCGAAAUGGUCAAAAACAUGCUCUGUGUUGUUGUCAUGGUGAACAGGAGAUGCAGACCAAAUUGGAGGCUAGAAAAUUGGGCACGGCUAUUUCAUAAGCCAUGGGGUCAUAAAUGUUAGAAAUGUAACACGAAAGCCAGGUUUAUCAAAGAAUAGAAGAUGCCAGGUUUUAAAACAUCAAAAGUAAAACCAGGGUUAACAGAUGAAGGUAAGUGAGAGAUGUGCAGGAUGAAAUGAAUGGAACAUAUUUUCGCAAAAGAGAAGUAAAAAGAUGAAGGUACAUGGAGGAGAUAGUGCUGGCAUGUUUUAUUUACUGAUGUGUGAGUUUGACAAUUUAUUAUUCUGAUAGAUAAAAUUAGCAAUGCCUUAUCUCUGUUUAUACUGACUAUAGUCUAUUUUUUUCCGUUUUGUAAAGUUUUAUCAUAUUGUUUUGUAAUACAGCAGCAGGCAGGAAUGUAAAGGAAAUUUGUCUUCAAUAUGUGAAAUAAGUAAAAGCAAAGACAUAACAAAACAAUCUUCAUUAUCACAUACAUAAAAUAAAUAUAUACAAUUAUAAAAUGAAAUGAAGAAAGAAGAUGAGAAAAGUUCAAUAAAAAUGGUCGGCCUAUUUACUAUACCCGUUGUACAUAAACAGAUGUUGCUGUGUACUUUAAUCUCCCAGAUGUUUUAAAGAAAGACUUUUUAGAACUAUUUAGUGGUUAUAUCCCCAAAGAUAACAUGCAUGCCUGCUUAGUUCCCCUGCUUUAGAACUGCUGGCAUGUUUUCUUUGGUGGCGGUGUAGGAAAAAAACAUCUUGCAAAUGCUCAAUUUAGUAUUUUUGGAUAGGCAUAUCAAAUUGUUUAAUAUUUUUAGCUAAACUCUUAAAACUAUUUUUUCAAAAUAUUAAUAAAUAUAUAUAUAUAUAUAUAUAUAUAUAUAUAUAUAUAUAUAUAAUAAAAAAAAUCAGUAUAUUUAAAAAUAUCAUGAUUUGUUUUCAAAACAUUAAAUCAUGUUAACCCCUUAAGGACUGGACUGUUUUUGCGAUGUUGUACAUUUGCGACCAGGCAUAUUUUUACACUUUUGUGGUGUUUGUGUUUGGCUGUAAUUUUCCGCUUUCUCAUUUACUGUUCCCAUACAAAUUAUAUAUUGUCUUUUUCAGGACAAAAGGGGCUUUCUUUACAUACCAUUAUUUAUAUAAUCUCAUGUAUUUUAAUUGAAAAAAAAUAAAAAAAUAUGAUGAAAAAUUGAAAAAAAAUACAUGUUUUUUGACUUUUACUUGAAAAAUCUUUUACUCAUCUACAAAAGCUAAUGAAAAAAACUGCUAAAUAGAUUCAAAAUUUUGUCCUGAGUUUAAAAAUACCCAGUGUUUACGUGCUUUUUUGCUUUUUUUUGCAUGUUAUAGGGCUAUAGGUACAAGUAGGAUAUUGCGGUUUCAAAACAUACAUUUUUAAAAUUUAUCAAUAGUGACAUUGUAACACUAUUAUUUGUCAUAAAUUUCUGAAUAACACCCCACAUGUACAUAUUUUUUUUAAAGUAGACAACCCAGGGUAUUCAAUAUGGGGUAUGUCCAGUCUUUUUUAGUAGCCACUUAGUCGAAAACACUGGCCAAAGUAAGCAUUCAUAUUUGUUUGUGUGUGAAAAAAGUAAAAAAACUAAAUUGAACGCUAAUUUUGGCCAGUGUUUGUGACUAAGUGGCUACUAAAAAAGACUGGACAUACCCCAUUUGUAAUACCUUGGGUUGUCUUCUUUUGCAAAUGGUAUGCCAUCAUGGGGGUAAUUCUCAUUCCUGGGCUACCAUACGCUCUCAAAGGCAACGUAACCAAUUUGGCCAUUUUCAAUGUAAAAAUAUUUGACCCAUAUAUUUGACCUUGUAACUUUAAAAAAUGCUAUAAAACCUGUACAUGGGGGGUACUGUUUUACUCGGGAGACAUCGCUGAACACAAAUAUUAGAUUUUAAAAACUGGAAAACGUAUCACAACAAUUAUAUCAUCAGUAAAAGUGCUGUUUGUGUGUGAAAAAUGCAAAAAAAGUAACUUUCACUGACAAUAUCAUCACUGUGAUAUGUUUUACUGUUUUGAAUCACUAAUAUUUGUGUUCAGUGAAGUCUCCCGAGUAAAACAGUACCCCAUGUACAGGUUUUAGGGUGUCGUAGAACGUUACAGGGUAAAAUACAGUGCUAGCAAAUUAAAUUCUCUGGAAUUUCGGCCUGGGUUGGCAGGCAGGUCCCUCAAAUUGCAAUCAAUAAAAUUACUGAAUUAUGUAAAAUAUUACAUAAAUACGCACGUAGAAUUUAAAUAUAUAUGCAUAUUUAUAUAUUUGAAGUCUACGUGUAUAUUUAUAUAAUUAUUUAUGUAAUUUUGUAUAUGGACGUAUGUAUAUUUCUUAUUAUUUUUAUUUAAUUUUAUAUACAUAGAUAUAUAUACAAAUUCAUUCUAAGUGUAUUUUGAUAUAAAUAUAUAUAUAUUAAUUUUAAAAUACAGUUAGAAUAAAAUUUCAUAUAGCUAUAUAAUUUUUUUUAAAUUUUUUAUUAUUAUUUAAAAAAAAAAUAUUUUAUUUAAAUUACUUAUUAUUUAUAUUUUAUAAUAAUAUAUAUAUACAAUAUAUAUAGUUAUUAUAUAUAUUAUAUAUAUACGCGUGUAAUUUAAUUAUAAGUGUAUUUUUAUAUUAAUAUAAGUACAUAUUAAUAUAAAAAUACACUUAGUAUGACAUUAUAUAUAUAUGAUAUAUAGACAUAUAUUAUAUAGAUAUAAUAUAUGUCUAUAUAUCAUAUAUACACAUAUAUAAUUAUUUAUUUUUUUUAUUAACAUUAACUUUAUUUUAUUUUAUGAUUUUACACUAGCAGGGAGACUGCCUGUCAGCACAGACAGUCCCCCUGCAGGCAGACACAUGGACACCUAUUGUGACCAUGUGAUCGCUGUGUUAAGCGAUCACAUGGCCACAGGGGUCCUAAUCUGCCGUGGGGAGACUGUCUGGGCUGCAGGCAGUCUCCCCACAACUGGAGCCACGCUGAUCGCCGCCGGGGGAACGACGGCGAUCAGGUAAGUAGCUCAGACCGUUAGGACGGUUCAGGACCGUCAUCGGUCGGCAACGCAAAAAUGCCGAUGACGGUCCUGAACCGUCCUCGGUCCUUAAGGGGUUAAAAUAUGAAGUAAUUUAAAAAGCUUAUCCAAAAAUAUAUAAAAAUCGAGGCUUGUGCCAUAGAAUACACCAAUCGAAGGCUUCUCGCUGUGAAAACGCUGUACUAGAGCUUUCUAGAACUUUCCAGUGCUAUUCAGUGAGUUGUAAUACAGCUCUUUAAGAAAAGUGUUUUUUUAUUUUUAUCUACUCCAAACACAUAAUUCAGUGAGUUAAAGAUGUGUCUGGAGCGUUCCUUUAAAGGAACACUAUACCGUUAGGAACAAAACCAUGCAUUUCUAAUAGUGAUGUCCCGAACGGUUCGCCGCGGACUCAUCAUUGAGUAAACUUUGACCCUGUACCUCACAGUCAGCAGACACAUUCCAGCCAAUCAGCAGCAGACCCUCCCUCCCAGACCCUCCCACCUCCUGGACAGCAUCCAUUUUGAAUCUGCAUUCUUAGUGAGCUGUCCAGGAGGUGGGAGGAUCUGGGAGGGAGGGUCUGCUGCUGAUUGGCUGGAAUAUGUCUGCUGACUGUGAGGUACAGGGUCAUAGUUUACUCAAUGAUGACAUAGGGGGCGGACCGAACAGCGCAUAUGUUCGCCGUCCUCGGCGAACCGUUCGGGACCUCACUAAUUUCUAAUGCUAUCGUGGUCUACUAACGUGUAGAAUAAAAAAAGCAUUUAUGCUUACCGUGCCCUGCUGACUUAGGUGAGAUUAGAGCUUUUCUCAUAAAGAAACAUUGGGAGGCUAGUAAACAUUCGCAUCAUUUGCCAUACUGCCCCGAUCGGCAUCUCCACAUAGAAAUGCAUUGAGUCAGUGCAUCUACAUGGGGAGCAUUCAGUGUCUCCAUGAAGAAUGUGGAGACCCUGAAUGUCGGUACUGCAGCUCUUCUCAGAAAAGGCACCGUUGACACUGCUGAGCUAGCAGGGACAACCUCUAUGACCCAGAAAUACUACAUUAAAGGGACACUCCAGGCACCCAGAACACUUCUGCCCAUUGGAGUGGUCUGGUUGCCAACUCCCAUCACCCUUAAUCCUGCAAGUGUAAUUCUUACAGUUUUUAUAAACUGCAAUAAUUACCUUGCAGAGUUAAGUCCUCUUCUAGUGGCUGUCUAUCAUAUCAGACAGCCACUUGAGGGACUUCUGUGUUCUUAAACGACACUGGAUGUCCUCACCUUAUGCAUGAGGCCCUCCAGCGUCGCCGAAAUCCUCGUAGGAAAGCAUUGAAUAAUAAGCAUUGAAUAAUGCUUUCCUAUGGGGAGGUCUAAUGAGUGCGCGCGGCCGUUGCCGUACAUGCGCAUUAGGUCUCCCUCGCCGGCUGAUGUCGGUGGAGGAGGAGCGUGGGCAGAGCCUGACCCAGCACCGAGGGACAUCGGCGCCGGAUUCAGGUAAGUGACUGAAGGGGUUUUAACCCCUUCAGCAACAUGGGAUGGGGAGUGGGAGGAAGGGAGCACUGCAGGGUCCUGCAGUGCCAGGAGAACGGAUUUGUUUUCCUUGCACUGGAGAGUCCCUUUAAUUUGUAGUGGUUUUGGUGGCUAUAGUGUCCCUUUAAGGCUAGUACUACCUUAUAAGUCUUACUUAUACACAUUUGUGGUAGGUGAGUUUAUAAGUGGUGUAAAUUAUGCAAAUAUGAGCCAUCCAUAAGGAAAUCUUCCCAGUGUAUCCAUUUUUUUUUUUUUAUCACUGGUGCGAAAUGUCAUGUGGCGUGUGGCAUAUGUUCCAAGGAAUUUCUAAUAUGUUUAGAAGCCAUCACUGAAGAGAACUUGGGUUAAAAAAAAAACACUUAAAUAAAUAAGGCAUCAUUUUUGUAAUUUUUUUUUUUGAGAUGGGAUGUCAUCUCAUUUGUAAUAGUGCAAUUUCUGGGGCUUGUGUAACAAAAGAUAUGCCAAAAUGUUUUUAAGAUCUCCAGCUAUUAAUAAUUUUAAUAAGAAUAAUAACUUAUUGACAAUAAUGGCUGUAUGUUGAGCUGACAUUUGACACAGUUCUAUGUAAGCUUCAUUUUACUUCUAAUUGCAACACAUCUUGUUUCCAGCAGUGAUGUUUGCCAGUUUGAGCUUUAUUGUGAAUAGAAAGAUAGUCUUUUGAUCAUUUCCACCUUUUACACAUAUCAGCAGGCUACGGAUUGCAAUCUCUUAUUUCCUUAUCCUGGGUUGCACAUAUUGAGGAAUGUAUUCAGUUGAAGAUUGAAAUCCGAGACUGGGCAAUAUUUUUCUGUUUAUAAGAUAUACUUUGUUUAUGCAAACACAACUGUAAAUGUAAUAUGAAUUUUUAUUGAUGCACGGGGAAAAUCUGAAGUGGUAAAUUGUUAAUGCAAAUUGGCUAUGUGCAUAAGGAUACAAACAUAUUUGCUCUGGAAAUCUGCCGGUUUGCAUCUUUUUACUUGUGCAGAUUAUAUGGGGCAGUGGAGGCACUGUAGGUGUUUGUAGUCAGGAGUUGGCACUGCAGAUGUUUGAAAACUACAUUUUUGUAAAGGCUCAUGUAGUCAUUUGUUUGGCUGAGCAUCAUGGACACCUUCAGUACCAAUAGUAGGCAAUGGUAUAGAGCUUUUGUGUAUGAUGGUCUAAUUAGAAAAUAUAUCAAUAAAGUCUAACUCUCCUACCCUUUAAAAAAAACAUAAAUUUCCAGAAUAAUUGUAGGCUGUAACAUACUUGAAGAAUUUUGAUUUUGCUUCAGCAGUAAAGAAGGUAACAUUUUUGUUAUUAAGUGAAUAACCCAGGGUGCCUCACCUUCUGCCCUCUUCCCCAUAGUCUCCUUCUGACAUCAUUCCCCCCAUAGUGUGUGCAUACUGGCUGUGUGUAAUGUUUGUGACUGGUUAGUGCUGGCUGUGUGUUGUGUGUGUGUGUGUGUGUGUGUAAUGAGUGUGUGACUGGUUAGUGCUGGCUGUGUGUUGUGUGAGUGCCUGGUGUGUGCUGGCUGUGUGUAAUGAGUGUGUGACUGGUUAGUGCUGGCUGUGUUGUGUGAGCGCCUGGUGUGUGCUGGCUCAGUGUAAUGUGUGUUUAUUGGCCAUGUGUGAGUAUGUGUGCUAGCUCUAUGUCAUGUAUGUGCUGGCUGUAAUGUUAUUUAUUAAAAGACAGACAGCACAUUUUUGCGUUAACUGUAUCUGAGCCUACUGAGGCCCAUUUUAUCGCUGCAUAUGCAAGUCUCUGAACACUUCCAGCUAGUGUUGUGAUUCACAAAACUCUCACCCACACAAGUGGCGUUUCUAUAUAUUUAUUUUGGUUUCAAAACUAGGGAUAAAUAUUUAUUAAAUGUUACUUGUUUGCUAUCUAUGGGUUAGAUGAUGACAUUUUUAAAUGUUUAUUAUAUGUCUCCAACAAUAUAUGCCACACCUGACAAAUUCAGGAUUUUCUAGUGCACUAAAUGCAAGAGAUGCAUUGACCCAAUUACAUGUCCCUACAAUAUAAUUAUACGGAUAACAUUGUAUCACAAUAUAGCUUGAGGGGUCUAUUUACAUGACACUGUCUGGCCUAGACUAUCUCCCUUUAGCAAGUCUCUAAUUCACAGGCUGGCCCGUCUCCCCUUUUAAUUUAGUAUUAAUUACCUGCCAAUACAUUUCUAUAUAGAGCCCAAGUGUACAUCUGUGCAGAUGAUAAGUAAAAUAGGCUAAUCCAAGGUAGCCCUUGCUGCCUAAAAUUUACUGCUGAGCCUAACUUUUUUUUUAAUGCUUUGAUGAUUAACUUUAUGCAUUUACCCUGGCAUUUGAAAGCUACAUAAUUCUGUCGUUCUCUGAUAUCCACAUACAGUGUUCCUGCCGUGUGAGGCAAAUACCCCUUAACAUUGGCUGCAUUGACAGUGAAGCUUUCGUGCAGCCUUGGUAUCUAAGUGAAAUUCAAUCACUUACUUCAGUCCUGGAAGCUCAGAGAUAAAGGUUAAAAUUGUCAGAUAUUGGAAGGUUUCCAAACCUGUCAGACUGAUACCAGCUUUGCAAGAAAAGCGUGUGCAACACAGAUCACUACACGCUUUUAGCCUAUAGAUCAUCUUGUAAUUGUUCAAUCAAUGAUUGAUGAGCUAUCUGUGGAUAUAAGGUAGCCCUGGCUCACUGCAUAGCUUCUGCCCACUUUAUAUAAAAAAGCCUGACCAAAGUAUUUUUGUGUGUGUCACAUUAUCCUUUGUUCUACCCAGCAGGCUUCUUUUUUUUUUUUUGUAAAUGUGUUUUUUCAAUAUGCCAAGAAAAAAAAAAAGCAACAAACCAUGGGUACUGAAUCUGUCCAUAUUGGGAUUUGUGUUUGUUUAAAUCUUCACUACAUUUUCUGUAUAAUAUAUUUAAUGAUUUGGAAACUAGGUCUUCUCAUCCCUGAUGAGCCAUCCCCAUGACAACCUCAGAUGCUGCCCAUCUGUUUUCAAAGAAAUGUGUCUCGUGUUAUGACUGGUAUCGAUGGAAGAAAGUGACUUACUGGUAGCAUGUGUCUCCCUGACACCAGGAUGCAUCAUAUUUCUCAGUGAAGCUUUUGCUACAUUUGCAUGCAUGAUCCAAGUGUUAGCCACAUGCUACCUAGGGAGAGGUUGCUAGAUCCCUGUUUUUCCUGAGCAGUUUAGAACAGUCAAUCUGCUCUUUGCAGUGUUGGCAUUCCAUGGAUCCUGCACUUACAAAACAGAUUGCUAUUUAUUGAUUUCAAAUGAAUCAUAAUCUCUUCCUCCAUAGUAUACACGUUGUUCUGUUUAUUUUGUUAUGUUGGUAUUAUUCACUAUUCUCUUUAUCAGGAUACAGGGUGCGUUGCUUAGUUAAUUGUUUGAUUCCAUGUCUGCCUGAGAUAUUAUAAAGUGAUGUUCUAACUAAAAGCUGAGAAAUAUGAUGACAGACCUUUGUCAUGAAGGGAAAAUAUUACCUAUACAUUUUUCUAGACAUUAUCUAUAUAUUGUCACAGGUAGAUCAAACCUAAUAUCCUGACAGAUUUUUCAAAUUCUUACUUAUUGGACUGGUUGGAUUUCCCAGUAUAUAUCACUGACCCUGAGCUCUGGACUGUAUGUUUCUUUGUGUCAUUUAUUAUGCUGUGCUGAUUUGAUUACAGGGAUGAUACAUGUAAUAUUACCUCUUUGACUGGAAACAAACAAAAAAAAACUGCAAAUUAUUCAUUUAAACAAUUUAAAAGUUUGCAUGCAAGUCGUGCAAACAAAAGCAGAACUUUUAUUAUUUUUUCUUUUCUUUUUUUUUAAACCGAGAGUUGUAAAUAGUAUAUGCACAGCCUUCCAGCACAUUGGAUUUAAAAAAAAAAAAGAAAAAAGUUUUACAGGGAGUAUACAAGUGACUGCUUGACAGGAAGAUGCUCUGCACAUAUCUGCAACAAUGCAAUACUUCUCUAUACAUGGUUGCCAUGCAAGAUCUAAUGCAAGGUUUUGCUGCAUAAUAGCAGAACAAACUUGUAUUUGAUGUCAGGUAAAGGCAUAUUAUUAUGCAUGUGCUUACAGACAGUAAUACAGAGUGCAUUUUAUAGGGAUGAAUUUAUAGCCAUGAAGAGUUAUGUGCAACAUAAGGAUAAGAAAAUCUGUUCACAUUCAGCACCCAUUACACCAUCAGGGACGACAUAUCCCUAUUGAAAUUAUGCUUUGCAUUUAAAAAGUUGAGUGGAAUUGGUGUACUAAGUUUACUUUUUGGUCAACCUCUAUAUUUUCACUUGUAGAUCGAGGUGUAAUGGUAGGAAGGGAGAGUCAAUGUCACAUUUUAGGUUCAGUUUAGGAAAUCACGUUGAAUGUUGAGCCCAAUUCGGAUAACAUUGCCUUAAAGGGACACAAUAGUUACUGUGACGGAACGCUUGCACUCCGACUGAGUACCUCCGCCAAUCGAUGCUCCUAGUGCUCGCUAAGGACUCCAAGCACUCCAACCGACACCAUCAGCACUGCAGACCCCACUUCCAGUGAUGCAACUGCGCCGGGGUCUCUGCUGUUUCCACCCACCCUGGACCCAAGGCCAGGAUCCAGCUUCCAGUGGGUGAACCUCUCUUUCCCCAGAGAGCAGGAACAGGAACAAAUCAAGCUAUUGCAAGAGCUUCCUCUGGGGAGUAAGUGAUUAUAGCAAUCCCCAGAGUGUAGGUAUCCCUUCCCCCAAACAUGAGCCAAGGCUUAAUGCUGGAACAAGACUGAUUUACUGGCACACAGAACUCACAAUUUAUGCAACACAAAACUCCUCCUCUGGGCCAGGCUAGAUAAUUGAGUUUCUACAAUACACAAAGCUCAAUUAUCUGCUGGCCAGAAAUAAUACAGUUUCAUAAAACACACAGGGACCCCAAAACAUGCAAUAACCCCAUAAAAAGUAUAUCCUUGGAACCGGGGGAUCUGGGUGAACCACAUAUCCAAAAUUCACCCAGAUCCGUUCAGUACUUUGGAAAAUACAGUUUAAUGCAGAUUCUGCAGAACAUAUACAGGCUAAAUGAAAAACAAUCACUUUAUAAUGUGUCCCCUGCUGUAUAGUCCAAAACCACUGCACGAUGUCUCUGUGCACCAAAUACUGGCAAGAUGGCACCGUGUUGAAAAGUCCAAACAGUGUCUGUGAGUUAAAAUGGCCGCCAUCCAUUGUUCUCACCAUGUGCUUCUGAUACAGGAAAUGGUGGCCACCCAGUAACUCCACAGUAUGUCCCCAGAUGGUUCUUAAAGGGCCAGCAGCAGCACAACACAAAUCCAUUAUACCCAAAUCAUGUCUUUAACCCCUUAAAGACACAUGACGGACAUAUUCCGUCAUGAUUCCAUUUUAUUCCAGAAGUCUUGUCCUUAAGGGGUUAAAGGGCAAUACAUCCCAGGGGCCAUAGUCACAGGGCAAGAGGCGGGCAAGCAGUCCUCUCCAGGCACAAGUGGCGAAGGGCACUUCGUCACAGUUACCAAAACAACUUUACCUUAAUGAAGCUGUUUUGGUGUAUAGACCAACUGCAGUCUCACUGCUCAAUCUUCUGCCAUUUAGGAGUUCAAUCACUUUGUUUAUGCAGAUCUAGUCACACCUUCCUGCAUGUGACUUACACAGCCUUCCUUAACACUUCUUGUAAAGAGUCGUCUAAUGUUUACACUUCCUUUAUUGCAAACUCUGUUUAAUUUAGAUUUUUUUUUAAACCCUUAAGGAGCCUCCUGUAUAUAAUUAAAAUUGAAUUUACAGAGCAGGAGAUAAAACAUUUAAAGUACGCUACUAGCUGAUUGAAUAUGAAAAAAGAAAUGUUCAUGCUGGCUGUGUGAGUCACAACCAGGGGAGGUGUGACCAGGGCUGCAUCAACAGAAGCAAAAGUGAUUUAACUUCUAAAUGGCAGAAAAUUGAGCAGUGAAACUUCAGAGGCAUGAUCUAUAAACAAAAACUGCUUCAUUCAGCUGAUGUUGUUUUUGUGACUAUAGUGUCUCUUUAAGAAUAAAAUUACUAUUUAGAGAAGAGCUGCCAACAUAGUACUGAGGCCUAAAAAAGACUGAAAUCUCUUAUGGUUGAGGUUUAUAUCAUGGAGAGUUGUACGAGUUUAAUUUUGGUAUAAAACAUUAACACUUUCCUAAAAUCUUACGCCCGAAUCCUCUGACAGCCGUAACUUAUCUGGAUGGCACACACCAGAAUCCAUAGCAGCCAUGACCUUUCUAGGAUGUGUCUUUAGUGAAGGGGAAGCCUGUUAUCUGUUGUUUUGCUCAGAUCCUGUGAGAAAGCGCGGGCUGUGUUAUAUCCCACAAAGCUUGCUGCCCUUGCGAACAGAUUAGAACAUUCCACUAGGCUUCUAUCUACAAGAGACCUUUUUCUCAAUUAUUCCGAUACUACAGGGGCCAUAAAGGUAAUAUAAAACAUUUUAGUGACACCAACUGAAUUACAUUGUUAGUUCUGUGACGGUUUUUUUUAGUGAUGGAUAAAUUUAACACCCCCAGAAAUUUGUAAGUUAGCCUAUGACAAUUCCCAUCAUGCUAAACCACCCUCAAGAUCUUUAGUUUAUGAAUUGUCCGCAUUAUGCUCAGCUUUUAGGUUUUUCGUUUUUUAGCUAUACAAACAUUGUGUGUAUCACUGUUCUAGGCUCUGUUAUCUAAGCAAAUCUCUUGUUCUUAGUACUGGAAAGCUAAUCACAAAACCUCCCACAUGAGAUACAUGACUAGACUUGGCUACAAGGCAGGCUUUUUAAUAUGUCUCUUUGAACUCCAUUAACUUAUAAAUUGUAUGUAUUUUUAGAUGUGUCUAUCGUUAUUUGUAUUGGUUCUCUAUGUGGUAUUAUGAAUAACUAACUCGGCAUCAAAGCUCACUGUCAUGUGGUGUGAAUUUCUACAGAAGGCAAAUGUUUGUAUACAGACUGAAUCAGAAUCAAACUCUAUUACAUGGGUCUGCAUUUCAUGCCCUAAACUACUAUUUUGGCUUUGGUUCUUCUUUGAGUGUCUGUAUGUGUGAAUGCAUGAGCAUACAUCUUUGUUGUGAGUAUCUGAAUGCAGGGGGUGUAAAUUUACUGAAAGUGUGUGUCAAUGAACAGUCACAUUUGUGUUGAGUGCUGGUGUGGAAUGAAGCAGGGGUGUACUUCUGUUGAAGGUUCCAGUGUGUGAAGGUGAAGUUGUGAAGAUGUUUUAGUCAUAGUCUGUAGGUGAAUACAGUUGUCUGUGUGGAUCAUCAGUGUGUGUGCAAAGGUGUGUCAAUGCCUGUAUUGUGUGGAAUUCCAGUGUGAGAGUGCAGGGAUGCAUGUGGGAAUCAUUGUAUGUGUGAGUUUUUGCAGUGUGUACAUAAAUUAAUGCAUUUGUGUAUUUCAGCAGAGUUUGUGUAUGCAUUUGUGACAAAGAAUCCAUGGGUAUAUUUAUUUGCAAUGUCCAUAUGGGAGGGAAUGCAGGAGUUUAGAAGGUCAGUGCAGAGAUAUAUUUGUGUAAAAAAAACCUCUUUGAAAUGUACUUGUGUAGCAUGUCAGUGUGCGAAUUCAGAGGUUUAUGAUUGUACAAGGCAUUGUGCAUGUGUGAAUGCAGAGGUUUAUUGGUGUUGAUGGUCAGUGAGUGUGAAUGCGUGGGUAUACUUCCACAUUACUACUCAGUCUCACUGGACCUUUUCUUUAGUGUGUCAAAGGCCAACCCCCUCCCUAUGUCACUGCUAGUAGGCUAUACUGAUCUGUACUCGUUUUGCUCCGUGCCACCAGGUCCCAGUUUCCACCAAUGAAAUUGGACAUUCAAACUACGUAACUUUUUAUUGUUUGGGCAAAAAGAAUGGAAGGAACAAUGUUCUUUGUGGUCAAGUUUUAAAACUUAUAUUUAUCUUGUCUUCUCGCAUAACAAACCUUCCAUUUUUUUCCCUCUAAUUUUAAAUUACAAUACAAAAUUGAAAUUUACACAAUAAACAUAAGUAAUAUAAUAGCUGCUUGUCACAGAUACAUUGAAGUAUUUUCCUGUUGGACUAAGAGCUUAGAACUAAAACUGGAUACAUGAUAGCCUUGCUGACCUGUUAAGAUGGUCACAAUGUGCCUGGCAUUAGAUGGACUCCAGCACUGGGGGGGUUAAUAAUAACAAGCAGAUAAAAUGACUGCAGAUUACUUGGUACAGAGAAGGCUUCAGAGGCUAGCAACAUCCGACCUUCAAAGGCUGAAACAACAGCUCCAUGUAUGGCUGUGUCACUGCUGUUACCCACCUGAUUGGCCAGGCCAAGUUUCAUUUCAGUGACUAGCGCUAGAGAAGGCUACACCUGUUUCUUCAUAUGCUGAUGCCGUGACGUUUGGAAGACACAGAGCACAUGCCAAGUAAUGUGAGAUGGACUUACAGGACACUUGGUUCAUGAUGCCCUACGACCUCUCACAAAUGACCUAAUCAAUGUAUAAGUUUCAAGAAUUUCAAUCCCCAGUGCCUCCAGGGAAACUGCUUUGUGUUAUGCAAUACACCCCUCUUCUCCCCCCCAAGUUCACACAUUUGCUCAAUGGGUUUUAUGCUCUUUGAAUUAUAGCUCUCUGACUUUGCAUUAUAGGAGUUGAAAUUAACAAUGUGAUUUUCACCUUUCUUCAUACAGUUCUCUGGCCUGGGUUGGGUGUUGGACUCUGUGCUAGUAGUAUCAGAACAGAUAUGCAGGCAGCUGAAUAAAUGCCAAAAUGCAUAUACUGGACUCGUUUAUUACAUUUCUUAUUCAUCAGAAAUAAUGCAAGUUUAGUGAAGCAAAAUGGUCUGGGAAUUUCAUUCAAUAACUAAUGAGAACCUGAGAGAGUUGUAUUUUGUUUGAAAAAAGGAGUAAGAAUCUAUAUGUAGUGCUUUCUAGAUACACAGGUUACUUUCACAGAUUGCAGUAUAUUUAGAAUAUAUACUGUUGUAUUUUAACCAAUAUGUUACCAGAAAAACUGGAUUUAGAAUGCAACUGACAUAAAAGUAACAAAAACAUAUAUAUUUUGUCGAAGGAAAAAGGAAUUGUAUGUAAAUUCUUAAUUAUUAAAUUCCCUCCCCCCCUCAACCCCCCCAAGUAUUAUAUGGAGUUUGUGAGCUAAAAUCUAGAUAGUCCAUGCUCUUGGACGGUCUGCACUGCAUGGAUAAAGUACCAUGAAGGUGUGUCGAGGCCAAGCAUGUACUGUUGAUGGAAUAGAAAUAAUUUAGGUGUAUUCUGAUCACUCACCAUUGUGAGUUACAAGGAACCUGAAACAGUCUGAGAGGCGACAUGUGGUCUGGGUGAGGCUGCUGUUUGGGAUAUUAUCUGGCACAAGUCUGUGGAUGAGUCAAACCAGGCAGAGAGGAAGUUGACUGAGUUGCGAUGGAAAUUCCCUUUCCUCGCCGACACUGUGACACAUACCUAUGUAGAGAAAAUUGUACAAAAUAUAUAUUAAGAAAGGCUCAUUGCCCACAUGCAAAUUGAUCCAUGUCCUUUAAUGUUUACUGCAGUUUAUUUUAUAAAUACCCUUUCUUUAAUGUGGGCCUGUCCUUCACAAAUUUGUAAAAGGCAAGGUCCCCUUCAGGUAAGUAAUAAGAUGUAAUCCAUACCUUUUGCUGGUAUGGGUACCUUUAGGCUAUGUUUGGACACAGGCCUUGCAUGGAUGUGCACUUUCUGCGUUUGUUAAUAAAAUAUUUUUUUCUUCUUGCCAGCAGCAUGGGUUUAUAGUUAAAUUAUAGGUGUUAAUAUAUAGUUGUUAAAUUAUGUGCUGACAACCAUGUCAAAUAUUCUUUUUUAUACUAUAAAUAGGUUUAUUUACUAAAGUGUGAUUUGCCAGGAAUUAAAAUUUUAGGCCAGAUUAGAUGAGCUUAAAACAUAGCUGACUUAAAUAAUUCUUAGAAUUCAACUAUUGUAGCCUAGUUUUAAAUUUAUGCUAAAUUCUCUAAAGUUCACAUUUAAGCAAAUAUAUUGUAUAUUUUUUAACUAUGUUGGCAUUGAAGAGGAAGAAAGGUAAAUUUAAUUUCAGCGUUGAUUAGUUAAGGGCAUCACAAGUUUUAGACCCAUAACUCCCCUCCCGAUCAGCUAGUGCAGUUUGCAUGUGAAUUUUCCAAUUGUGUUUCAGACUCUGAGAAAGAAAGGCUUAGAUGGUUGUGAGAGCCCAGAUGCUGAGAGAUACUUUGAGGAGGACACAUUCAGCAAACUAAAUGAAGAUAGUGAUUUUAUUUUCAAGCGAGACCCUGUAAGUAUUUUAUUUUACCUUUCAUCCCUUCCUUGUAUGUGUUGAUCGUCUUUAUUAACUUUACUGCCUAGGCCCUGAACAAGAAAGAACACAGAGGGUGCGACAGUCCGGACCCAGAUGGCUCUUAUGUGCUCACCCCCCACACCGAAGAAAAGUACAAAAAAAUAAACGAGGAGUUUGAUAAUAUGAUGCGCAAUCAUAAAAUCUCCGUGAGUACUAGUGCAAUGACUUUUCAGUUAAUGGGAAUAACGCCUGUUUUUUGUGUGAAUCAGUAAUAAGCGUCAUACUUCCCAUUGUGGGUUCAUCAAUAAAGUCCACAAUCUAUCAAUCAUGAAUGGGAAUACACAGGAUGAUCGAAGUAGCUUUCCUGGACAUCCAUUGGCUACUUCCCCACCUAAAACCAUUCAAACCCCUUCAUUUAUGGACAAUAAAUGCAAUCCAAUAGUAGUAUAAAAUGAGCAUUAAUAGCGCUGAGGCACAGGUGACCAUUUGGUUGUAGUAAUUAAUGGUGCCUCAAUAUGGGUUGGGGUCCUCUUAGCAAGUCCUUGAAGGCCUAAAAGUUACUCCCCUCUUCACGCCUGAAGGAUCCAUGGCACGGCCCCAGGGGUUAAUUUGUACUUGCCAGGAAUUAAUUCCACUCACCAGUUGCUGGUGGGCUAGUGGAACUUUUGAGGCCCGCUCAAUAAUAUUGUUCCAAGUUGUUUUGGAUGCAAGUACAGUCCUCAAGCUAUAUCUUGAGUUGUCUUUCUCCCGUCUAGAACUGUCCUUGCAGUCACCCAUGAUCAUUUUGACUGAAAAAUAUAUAUGAUGAUUUGAUGACCUUGUGGUCGUAAAGGAAUGCCUCGGUUGUAUGUCUUUUGAUAUAAAAAGAGUGUCUCAACAUCCAGAACAAUAGAAAAUAUAUUAUAGGUCCUUUGGGUGACACAAGAUGACUUUAUUAGCACAAACACCUAGAUAGCCUCAUAAGUUCCAGUAAUGUUAUGGUGGCUGUUGAGGAUUUGCUGAUAUUUUGGCAGUAAUGUCUUGUAGCUUCAGCCUACAUGGAAAGUGAUUUUAUUUAAUGCAGUUUUAAUAUUAGAAGCAAGUUAACUAUCUUUUAUUCUCAAAAAACCAAUCUGGUAACUUUUGGGUGGAAAUCUUUUAUAUUCAAGACAGCACUUUCCUCUGCAACUUUUAAAGAAAUAAUUGCCCUCCUUUUCCAUAUGAGUGCAGGGAAACUGUUAAAAAUACAUUUAUGGAGUGUUGCACUUUUGACUUUAGAUUCAAGGUCCCCUCUUGUGAAAAUAAAAAUAAAGAAAAUCUCACUCUAUGGACCUAUGGUGCAUGCACGGCAAUGGCUAUGCUCUGCCACUCUGAUGCUUUUUACAGAUAGACCUUGAGUCCUGUGACUGUCUAUGAAAGGCAACUUUAUAAUGUGUGAGAUAACACCAGAUGUGCAGACUUGAAGAUUUGUUAGUGUUUCUAAAUGUCCAAUCUCUUUGCUGUCAUAUUUAAAUAAAAACAUUUAUUCAAGUUUUCACAGAAUAAUAUACUGUUACACCCUAAACAAGGCAGUAUUUUUGGCAUCAGAUUAUAGGUGUGAAUCAUCCAGUAUUAUAUAUCCUGUGUUUUCUGUAUUUGAUGAAUCAUAUAUUGUGCAUGUUUGCAUCUGAAAAUAGCUAUCAUGAACCAGUGCUGGACAUAGGACUCCAUUGAUUGGAACUGAAAAAUGUUAUGGGCCUAAUAGGAAAAAUUAAAUUUGUUAUUCCAUCAAUGUAGCAAUUCUGGAAUAUGUAUGUGACUUAUUACAAACCUACUUCUGGUCCAUACGAUUUCUGGUUACCCACUCCUGUGUGAUUGCAUUGUCACACAUACAACAUGAAAUACCGCCUCCCUGCUCAGUACUGGCUCAUGCCAUUAAUAAAUAAAAAAGGACAGUUUGAUAUGAGUAGAACACCACACUAGUAGCAUCAGACUAAUUCAUAGUAAAUAAAUGAAACCCUCUAUUUUUUUACAUUGUGACUGCUUUGGGUCUAUUUCAAAGUAUUGACCACUUCAAAUGCCCCUAUAUUAAUAAGGCCCUUGCACGACCUUCCGAUUAUGCAGUGCAGCACAAAUGUGGAGAUAGAUACAUUACUGCACAUAUUGGUAAUGAUCAACCACUAGUGUUGUGCAUGAAUGCUUUUUAAUCAGUUUCUGUACAGCUGGCCACCCCUUCCCUCAAAUGAGGCCGCUUUACCUAGUUCCUUCUGCUGUCCAUAAAUAAUGCUUGCUGAUUUUAUGUAGUCUAAAACUCCGGUUCACUGACCCUCAGAGAGCUGCAUAAUUACAUCUGUAGUGACUCCUAAACUGAACUUACAGCCAGUGGGUUCACAGUGAGUCCUACUGGAAUUUUAUGCUCCUUACUCAUCAAUAUUAACAGUGGCGGGAUAGCCUGUGGUUAAUUAUUUCACUUUUCAUAACACUUUGAUAAAUCUCCCCAUUGGACCUCCCUGUAGCAGAAAAGGUGCCAGCAUAGAUUAGAAUGUUACAGAAAAAUAAGGUGUAGCACCUGAAGUGUCCUUUAGGGAAUGUAUGAAAUGACAAAAAUGGAAAUAAAAAAUGACUGAUAGUGCAGUAAGUUAAAAACGUAUUGAUAGAGUCAAGAAAAUUAAAAAUUGUAAGCGCACACUUUUAGGGAGCUUAAAUACAGCUCCAACUAGGCAGAAUGAUCCCCACCUAUGAAUAUAUUGUGGUGCAGAUCCUUCAAGUCGUCUAUGGAUAACCUCAUAAAAAUAUAAAAGACAAAAUAAAAGUAUAAAGUGUAGUAUGUUGUGCUAAUAAGCGGGGGUAGGUAUAUAUAUAUGUGUGUGUGUGUGUGUGUGUGUAUAUAUAUAUAUAUAUAUAUAUAUAUAUAUAUAUAUAUAUAUAUAUAUAUAUAUAUAUAUAUAUACACACGCACGCGCGCGGCUGGCUGCACUCACCUGAACCUGAACAAUGUGUGUGUGUUAGAUUGGAUUAGAAUUUGCCAUAAUAUUGUGGGAACUUUCUAAUUUACUAACCACCUUUUCUGGUUAGUAGAUCUAUAUAUUCUUUUUAUUUAUUUUUUUAAUGAGCAUAAUUUUUUAUUCCAAACAAGUGUAACAAAGCCUCUUUUGGGAGCAGGUGUAGCCAAUCUCUAGGUCUCCAGCUGUUGUUGCAGUACUACUCCCUUGGUGCUGUUGCAGUCAUGGGGCUUGACAAUAUUGGGUCUUGUAUUUAAACAACAACUGGAAGGCUAGACAUUGACAACCCAAGUUAAAACAAUAUAUAUGCGAGGAUAAUUUGUGGUAGCAGUUAGUGGAUCUGCCUAUUGAUCUUGCAGAAUCUUUGAUGCUGGAGUCUGCCAGCUGAAACUCCUGAUCAAUCGAAAUAAGUCAUCUUAAUGGAUUGCAAAUUUUAAUGUGAAUUUGUUCUUUGGGGAAGGCUUUUUGAAAGACACAUGCAUCAGAAUUUCUGUAAUAUCAAUAGGUUUGGCUAUUCAACAAAUUAGUCAUAGAGAAGCCAUCUUCCUUGGCCAUUUAUUAACCAGUACCAUAACAAAGAUCAUGGCAUUGCUUUACCAACUCAUUAGACACAGAACAGUGUACUUCGCAGUAUUCGAUUAGGUCUGUCUCCUCCCUAGUAAAUAAUGCUGUCAAUCUCUUUGUGUUUUCAGCCUGGGUUACCGCAACAAAAUUUUUCAAUGUCUGUGACUGUUCCCGUGUCAAAUCCAAACACAUUAUCCUAUAGUUCUCAAGGAAACACGAUGGUUACAGCUUCUCUGGCGGCUAGUACUUCAUUAACUGAUGCAAACAUGCUGUCCCCUCCUCAGACAACGCUACAUCGAAACGUUGUCUCCCCAGGGAUACCACAGAGGCCAUCUAGUACAGGAAAUGCAGGUAACUAUGUCUAUGAUGCAUAACUUUGGUGGUGUGCAAUAUUUUUAUGCCGUAAAGAGUGCUAAUUCUUGUAAAAUACUUAUUUUGUCCAUUGCUUAAAUCCAUGGCAAUGACGUGUUUUAGUGGUGGGCAAGUGGAGACAUGAUGAUAAUCCACAAACUAUGACAUAGUGUGUGAGUUGUCUGUACACAUAACAAUACGAUAAACCGUCUCCUUUGGCCCCAUAUACAGCAAAACCAAUCUUUGGGUGUCUUCUUAAUACUUGAGCAAUUUGUACACAAUGGAUUCCCUUGCUCCUGUUUCACUCAAAUUUUUUUUUUCUUUUCUACAGUUUCUCAGCCCCUAACCAUUUCACUUUAACUUACAUUUCCCUCACUCUUUCUUGAUUGUUCCUCUAAUACAGAACUUAUAUUUUCAUGAUCAAAGAUAAGUUCUUCGCUACCAACCGCAAUUAACAUUAAAGGAACACUAUAGUCACCUAAAUUACUUUAGCUAAAUAAAGCAGUUUUAGUGUAUAAAUCAUUCCCCUGCAAUUUCCCUGCUCAUUUCACUGUCAUUUAGGAGUUAAAUCACUUUGUUUCUGUUUAUGCAGCCCUAGCCACACCUCCCCUGGCUAUGAUUGACAAAGCCUGCAUGAAAAAAAAACUGGUUCCACUUUCAAACAGAUGUAAUUUACCUUAAAUAAUUGUAUCUCAAUCUCUAAAUUGAACUUGAAUCACAUACAGGAGGCUCUUGCAGGGUCUAGCAAGCUAUUAACAUAGCAGGGGAUAAGAAAAUCUUAAUUAAACAGAACUUGCAAUAAAGAAAGCCUAAAUAGGGCUCUCUUUACAGGAAGUGUUUAUGGAAGGCUGUGCAAGUCACAUGUAGGGAGGUGUGACUAGGGUUCAUAAACAAAAGGAUUUAACUCCUAAAUGGCAGAGGAUUGAGCAUUGAGGCUGCAGGGGCAUGUUCUAUACACCAAAACUGCUUCAUUAAGCUAAAGUUGUUCACUUUUUUGUCCCUUUAAGACAAAAAGUGAUAUCUGGGACACAUUCAUUGUUACUGUAAUUGAAGUAUGCGGGUUACACACUCAGACACCAGCAACUGUUGGUACAACUAUGCAGUUUAUCUUUAAUUUUGUUCACUAUUUAUUUGAAAUCUAAUAUAUGUAAAAAAACAAAAUCUCCUUGUAACGUACAAUAAAAUAUAAGAACAGUAUCACAAUCUGGAUAGUAAAACUUUGCUGAUGCAUAUAUUUACAGUAGCGAUAUCAUGGCAUACCAAUUUCACUGGCUGAAUUCAGAUUUAUGUAGUAAGAAAAAAAAUAUUCACUACAGCUGGUGGUCCUACCAGGAAGUUCCUUUUAAGGUGUCCGUUGUUGAAAGAGUAAAAAUUAACUUUUGUAACCAUUAAAUUUAAGGAGAACAUUGCUCCUUUACUGCCCAUAAACCUGCUCUCGUGUGGACAGUCACCAAGGUUUUGUUUUUCAUAGAGCUUUUGCAACAUGUUUACAGAGCCAGACACACCCCCAGAUUAAGGCUGUUAUAGCAAUUCUUAUGUUGUUAAAGGAAUACUCAAACGUUAAAAAUAAACAUUUUUAACAUUCACAUUAAAGUGUACCUUAUUUAGUGUAGUUUACUGCCCUCCCCUUUUGUAAAGAAAAUAAGUUUUAAAAAUGCCAAGAAAUUUACCUGUAAUUCAGCUCUGGUACAGUCGGCCAUAUCUGCCAGUGGAGAGGUCAUCAAUCCUGAUGACCUCUGGUCCAAUCUAAUGCUUCUCAUUAAGACAUUAUGAAUGUAUUGUGCAUGCAUGGAUAUUGCCGCAAUCCACCAAUCCAGUGUUUGUCAUAGAAGAGUGUUUGCCAUGUUCAGCAUCAUUAUACUGGGCCUGAAUACACCACAUUCUAAAUACCUUUGCCACCCACUACAGCUUAAUGUAGUGGUUUUGGUGCAAUGAGUCUGUCCCUACUCCUUAAACAUUGCCUUUCCAUGAACUGAGACCGACGUGACAAGGGAUUACAGGUGACCAAUAAUUAGUUUGCAUUUUUAGAAGGGUACAAAAUCUAAAAGACAGGUGAUAACAAUCAUAGUUAUUUACUAAAGCGAAGUUCAGUUUUGACUAUUUCAACCUUUGUAAUACACUUUGAAUUUUCACUUUGUGUAACAUUUGAAAACAAAUGUAUUUCCAAUGUUUAUGAGUAGGAAGUGAUUCUAAUGACGGUCUGCCUGACUGCUACUCGAAACAUGUUUUCAUCGAAAUGUAACAUUGCCCUUUGCCAGAAAAGGCAGUGUUUUACAUUGUCUAUAAUGAGGGAACAUCUAUGAAAAUUAAACGACUACUUUUCUUAGAAUGUCCCUUGAAGAAAAUUAAUCAGUUAAGAAAAUGACAUUUAAGAAAAAAACAAAAAAACAUAUAUGUUUAAAGACCGCUUAUGAUUAAGAGAUAAAUAUAAUAGGAUGCAUAAAACUUCACCAUCGUAAAGGGAUAAAGGCUACUGAUGUUUUCUAGUACUUCUAAUUUAUCUAUACAGGUAGCAAAUAUAUAGCUAAAUAUUGUUUUAAAAUGAAAUGCUUAGUACAGUUCUGAUUCAGUGGAGUUAUUAGUGGUUUACAGCUGAACUGAGAUUGAAGAGUUCUAAACUUAAAGCAAUUGUUUUGAUUUUAAACUUAAAGGAACAAUAUAGUGUUAGGAAUACAAACAUGUAUUUCAAACACUAUAGUGCUAUACUCCAUAGUUAAGUAAAUGCACUUUUUCUGAUCUUUUCUGCAGUCACUGCAGUGAACUCUCCCCAGCCCGCUCUUCUCUUGGUUGAGAUAAUCGAUCUUGAUGAUCUCGGCCAACCCAAUGCUUUCCCAUCAUUGGGAGGCUAGUGCACAUCUCCCACAAAACUCUAUGAGACCAUCUGAUUGACUGCUCCUCUAGUGGCAGUCAGUCUGCAAUGUAAACAUUGCCAUUCCUGCAGAAUGGCAAUAUUUUGCAAGGUAAAAUUGACAGGGGCAUGGCACACUCACCACUUUAUUAAGAUGAUAUGGUCUGGGUGCCUGUAGUGUCCCUUUAAUAAACUAUGUUAAGAAAUUUAAUCUGGUCAAAGUUCCCGUUAGUCCUUACCAUUCCGUUUUAAGUAAUUUGCUGAGUAAUUUAAAUGGAAAGCGCUUAGAAAAUCAUAUCUAAUAAUAUUUGCACAGUGGAACAUUUUCUAGAGACUUUGGAUAGUAAAGGGAAAUGAGGAUUUAGGUCUACAGCGUUAUACUUGUCACCCCAAAUCUUGCCAUUAUUCAGACAUACACCCAGAUGACAGAGAAGUACUCUUUCGACUAGAGGACCAGUAGAAUGGUCAGUACACUUUAGAAUGAAUCUGGCUGCUUCUGUCACAUAGUCAAUAAACACUAGUGACCAAGUACUUUUGAAAGCCAUGCAUGCCCAUGCCAUCACACUCCCUCCACCAUGUUUUACAGAUGAUGUGGUAUACUUCGGAUCAUGAGUUGUUCCAGGCCUUCUCCAUUCUUUUUUAUUUUCAUCAUUAUGGUACAGGUAAAUCUUAGUUUCAUCUGUCCAUUGAGUACGGUUCCUGAAUAGUGAUUGCCUUCAACAUGGAUGCUGUCCAGGAAGUAGGAGGGUCUGGGAGGGAGGGUCUGCCGGAGAUUAGCAGGGAUGUGUCAGCUGACCGGAGUUCGCUGCGAACCGCGGCGAACCGUUCGCGGCAAGUUCGCAACAUCACUAUUCCUGAACUGUGUUGCCCUUUUUAGUAAAUUUGUUGUUUUUUUUUUUUUUUGAGUCUUAUGAAUGGUUUACACCUCAUGGUGAAUCCUCUGUAUUUGCUCUUGUGAAGUCUUCUCUUUAUGGUAGACUUGGAUAAUGAUAUGCUUAUCUCCUGGGGAGUGUUGUUCACUUGGCUGGAUGUUGUGAUGGGGUUUCCUUUUACCAUGGAAAGGAUCCUACCAUCAUCCCUCACUGUUGUCUUCCGUAAAAGUCUAGGCCUUUUUGUGUUGUAGAGGUCAGCAGUGCAUUGUUGUUUUUUUCUCAGAAUGUACCGAACUAAAGAUUUGGCCACUCCUAAUGUUCCUGCUAUCCCUCUGAUGUAGUUUUUUGCAGCCUAAGGAUGGCCUGUUUCACUUGCAUUGAGUGCUCAUUUGACUGCAUGUUAUGGGUUCACAGCAACUGCUUCCAAAUGCAAAUGCCACACCUGUAAUCAACUUCAGACCUUCUACCUGCUUAAUUGAAGAAAUAAUGAAGGCAUAGCCCACACCUGUCCAUGAAACCGCUUUUGAGUCAAUUGUCCAAUUACUUUUCCUCUUUUGAAAAAGAGGGGGCUACAUAUUACAGAGUUGUAGUUCCUAAACCCUUCCUCCAAUAUGAUGUGACCCUCAAAUUAAAGCGGAGAGACUGCACUUUAAGCUCUUAUUCAUUAUUUAACUGUAAGUUGAAUUAAUUUUGGUAAACAACUGAAAUAACAAAACUUGUGUGAGUGUCCAAAUCCAAAUUUUUCUGCUAUAGGAAAAAGAGCAGAGAUAGAGCCAUCAAUUAGGUACACUGAGAAAAUGGGGGUAACCCCAGAUAGAAAUUAUCAAAAAAGAAAAAUAGUGUACCUACACAGUCUGAAAUAGAAAUCCGAAAUUAUGACUGACUGUCAAAUCUCGGAGAUACUAGACUAGUUGCUACCAGAGAUAGUAUUAGAUCCAUAAAAUCAAAACAUAAAUACAUUUUAAUUAUAACAAAUCUUAACAUGUGGUGAAUAUGCUUGUGUACAAACAGUGAACAUAUAAAAGGUAUUAGAAAUCCAUACCCUGUUAAAAAUGCCUACUAGUGUUAUGAAUUAAUACAGCAAUGUGAACAAUUAAGCAGGACUGAUUGAGACUGCACAGUAAGAUUGGUAAGUAUGGAGUCCUCACAGUGGAGUCAAUCAGUAAUAAAAAUAAGUUGCUGUUUGGAGAUGAUAGCAAGAUGGUACUAAAUAGCAUAGAAACACUGUCUAAUCUGCCUAAAGAUAACAAUUCAGCAGGACUGAUUGAGACCCAGAAAAUUAACAAAUACUAAGUCCCAGCAGUCGCAGUCGGUGAUUAGAUAAGCUACUGAAUGAAGGUAAUGACAGGAUAAUACUAAUGGUAAAAAAAGGAGCUUAUUUAUCAAGGAAAAUUAAACUAAUAUUAGAAACCUAGAUAUAGUUAUAGAAGUCCUAUAGUCAAAACUGUCUAUUCAUCACUAGGUAUAUAUGUCUAUUAGUGUUCCACUUAUUACUCACAGAAUACCAUGUACGUAUCAAUCUGUAGCAGGCAGAGAAGACAUCUAGAUCGCUUGGCAGGCAGAGAAGGCAGUCUGAAGACUCAUGGGGGGUGUGGGGGAGGUUGAAGUUGCUAAUGGGUUCUAUAGCUGGAUCUCUAAGUACUCAGUGUAUAGAAUAUCUGUUAGUGCUAAGUCUUCAAGAUAUAAACAGAGACUUGUCAGGAUGCUGAUAACUGCACAAUCAACUGGCUAUACUUCGAAUCCUACAGCUAGCACUCCCCCUGUGCUUUCGAGGGCACCUGCCACUAUUCCCAAUAAGCAAAUCCCGAUAUGGUAGUAGAAAAAACUAAAUAAAGAUUGAUUAAUGAAAGAAAAUAAAUAAACUAAUAAAUCAAAUAGCUCAGUCCCAAAUUCAAGUGCUGGUUACUGAAUUAUAGAAACAGCACACUAGGAACCCCUGACGCGCGCGUUUCGCCUGACCUGGCUCAUCAGAAGGGACCAUUCUUACCAUUAGUAUUAUCCUUCAUUCAGCAGCUUAUCUAAUCACCGACUGCUGGGACUUCAUAUUUGUUAAUUUUCUGGGUCUCAAUCAGUCCUGCUGAAUUGUUAUCUUUAGGCAGAUUAGACAGUGUUUCUAUACUAUUUAGUACCAUCUUGCGAUCAUCUCCACUCAGCAACUUAUUUUUAUUACUGAUUGACUCCACUGUGAGGACUCCAUACUUACCAAUCUUCCUGUGCAGUCUCAAUCAGUCCUGCUUUAUUGUUUACAUUGCUCCAAAUAUUUCUGGACCUAACUGUACAUGGCAUGGAGUUCUUUCAAAAUGCGUCUUGAGUAAUAAACACAAUUAAAUUGACCACUGGUCUACUAAAAUAUAUUUAAUCUACUCUUUUAGAGUUCGUGGGAAGCACACAUACUAGUUAUUGUGUUACAGUUAUUUGCCAAUGUCAUAGAAACUGGACUCGAGGUGAUAUAAUUUAAUUAAUACUUAUUUGACCUCAGUUCAACAUCUAGAGCAGGGGUUCCCAAUUAAUAUUUCCUGUGUAACCCUUUGACAUAACGCACUAACAACGUGGAACCCCAAAAACAUUUUGGCGCCGUAGCGCAGAUAGUAAGCAGAUUGUAGUACUUGGGACCAGGUGUGCUUUUGUGUGUACAGUUGGUGUUUGUAUAUAAUGUUAGCGUUUUGAUACAGGGUGUGUUUGUAUAUAAUGUUUGCAUUUGCGUGCAGGGGUGUGCUUGGAUGUAGUGUUGGCUUUUAAAUAUGGAUGUACAUUUGUGUGUAGUAUAAGUGUUUGAGUGAAGGGUGUGUUUGAGUGUUAUUGAGUGUUAAAUCCAGGGGGUUUUGUAUGUAAUGUUUGUGUUUGCAGGAGUGUGUUUGCAUGUUGUGUUGGUGUUUGAUUGCUGGGAUGUAUGCACAUAUACUGGUACGUACGUACGCAAACAAAUUAACACACAGACACACAUAUAAAAACAUUGACACAUACACACACAUUCAUAUACACACUGAUAUAUACACACAGACACAAAGAUACCCACCUUGACACAUGCACAGACCUUAUCACACAGAUACACACUGGCACAUACAUACACACACACACAUACUGACAUGCAUGCACACACACACUCAGAUACACACAGUGACACAGAUACAGACUGACACACACACUCAGAUGCGCACAUUGGCACAUACAAACACACAGAUACACACACUGGCACAUACAAAGACACUGAUAAAGACAUAUUGACAUAUACACACAGAUAUACACACACUGGCCCAUACACACACUCAAAUACACACACCUUGACACACAGAUACACAGACUCAGAUACACACAGUGACACACAAAUCUUGACCCACAGAUACACACAUACUCAGAUACAUACACACACUUGCACCCACAGAUACACAAACUGGCACAUACACACAGAUACACGCACUGUAAUAUACAAACAUAUACACACACCUUGACAUCCAGAUACUGGCACAUACACACACCUUGACACACAGAUACAUGCACUGUCAUAUACACACUGAUACACACUGUCACAGACACUGGCAUACACACACAUACACACACACACACACACUCACAAUCUGACAUACAUUAGAGCCACCCUCCUGUUAACGUACCUUGUGGUCCUGGUGAUGUUGGCUGAGGCUGAUGGGAAUGAGCUGCAGCAUGCUCACUUCAGCCUCUCCUCCGCCAUGCUUGCUGCUCUCUCUCUGGACUGCCGUCUCCAGCCUCCUCCCUCCCUACUGCGCGGCAGCAACUCUGUGAAGCUGGGAGGAAGUGCUGUCACUUCCUCUCAGCCAGCCGAUACUACAGGGGCCUGGCCAUUUUGUUUGGCGAAAUUACAGCGGAACCUCAUUUGUGUUAUAUGAACCCUGGGGUUCCGCGAUACACCAAUUGGGAAACGCUGAUCUAGAGCUAUAGUUUGCUCGAAGAUCUAGACCUAUAAGUCUGUGUAAUAUAAACUCUUCUUGACAAGUGUCAGCAUGAGAUGUAAUGAGCUUUAUUUUAAAAUCCAGUCUGUUAUCACUCACUGUGUUGAAGUAAGUUUCCAUUAUAUUCUUUUGGCAGGUAUAAUGCUAGGUACGGGUGAUCUCUCUGUGCCAAAUGGAGCCGGCGGCAGUCCAGUUGGUGAGUUGAACUGCAGGGUAUGCAUUUUUUAUGCAGUUACUGUACGGAGCCACUUUCUUAAUUCAAUGAACAUGUAAUGUUUACUGUAAUAAGAAAGUUUUUUUUCACCUUGUAUCUAACCUUUUAAUGAUAUAAAGAGGAAGUUCACUUUUAUACCCAUCACAAAUACUUGUAGGACACAGGUAUUUAUUGCAGUGAGAACCUGUGAGCACUCUAGUAUAGGGGGAUUCAGUUGCACAGUGUAUAGUAGUGGGGUUAUUGUGCUCACAGCUAUGGGUAUCAUCCCUACAGUUUUUUAACACUGGUAUCCAAAGGAUUCACAGAAAAACAGGAUUAUCCAGCACCUUUAGCUGGAGACGUUCCUACUUUAUGUGUCAAUACGUUUGCACUGCAUGAGCAUACGUUGCAUGCUUAUUCCACAGGUUGUGUGUAAAAAAAUAAAUAAAAAUAAGCCCUGUGCUCAAACUCCCACUUCUCUUGUUCGGUAGCCUUUAAGCUUAGUCAAAGGGAGUCUGUGUCCAUUCAGUGCUGCCGAAUGUUACUUAGUGCAUUUGAAUUCUCACAGACCCCAGCUUUUCAUUACUUACCCGGUUAUCCAAUAAAGUGUGAAUUGCUGGGGAUUUAAAGUGAAUUGAAAAUAUCAGGGUAAUAUGGAAACAUUCUCAACUAUGUUUCCAGUUAGUCUAUUUUGACCUUAAAUGUGAAAUUUAUUUUAAAUCCCUGUCAUUUUACACUUUAGUGAAUGACCCUGAUAGUUCCUCAGUGAUGAUCAUGAUAUGUCCAGCACAGGGGGUGUGUUUUGCAUGCCAGAAAUUCCCUUGUCCUCCUUGUUAUUUAUAUUUUUCUCAUUCAAUAUGCUGUUAUGGUGCUUGGAGUGUUCCUUUAAGAUGGGAGUGUGGUAUUUGACUGACUACUGUUGGUAGGAAAUAAUUGCACCUGGCCUGCUGGUGUGCAGAUAUAAAUUGGGGAGGUAUACCUCAAACUACUCAUUAAGUACUGGGUGUUAUUUGUUCAUUAUUUUGUGUUUGUUUCCGUCCUGUUUGAAUGCAGUUUGUUUCGCUCCAAUGUUCUAAUGCACCAAAGAAAGAAUGGGUUAUCAUUGUAAAAGUGGAGCAAUCAUCAAGGGAGUAAAAUAUAAAGCUCCACUUUAAGAUCUCCCCCCAGUGUCUCAGCCUUUGGCCUGGCAAGAUUGACCAAAGCAACAAGAUUCCCUGCCCAUUUUCUUACAGUAAAGAACGUGUAACAGGUACUUUUAUUUUGUACAGCUUCCUGUGAAAAACUAAACGGAACCAUGUUUCAUCUAAAGACAAAUACAUAUAUAUAGAGGUGGAUUUUACCCGGCAAUGAAUUUACUUAAAAUAUUUUACAAUGCAGGGUUAAAAGGACAGGGCAACUUCAUUGAGAUCAUUGUCAGGGGGAGCUUGUCCCUUUAAGUCCAGUUUAAAACCCAAGACUGAACUCCUCUAGAAUGAAUUUAUUUUUAAAGCAGGCACCUGUGAUUUGCUGGGUAAAUAUGCAACAACUCCUGAUGUGUUUUAAAGAAUGUCUUCAUUCAUUGUAAGCUGACUACUAUGCCUAUACUCUGAUAGGGAAACCUGCUUUCCUGGUUUGUGUGGAGACAUAUUAAAAGAUAAAUGUAUUGUAUCUGCAUAACUGGUUAACCCAUUAUUGGAUACUAUACUACACAAAGACUAAAAACAGAUGAACAGCUCCACCACUAAACAAAAACUGUAGAAAACCAUGGUCUGGUCUUGUCUGAAAGCACACACAAAAAAAAAAAAACCCCUGUCUUUGCUCAUGUCUAUUUAGGAUAUGUCCUAUGUGGAUCAGCUUUCUGCGGGGAGAUUCUGUGUGCAGUUUUGCUUCUGAUUCACUGUGCUUGUCCAAAUGUGCAUUAACAAGCUCUUGCCCCACUAAUGCACUGUGUUUGACCCGAUCGCUCUGUGCAUCCUUUCCUCAUAAAAUAUGCAGGAUCAAAGCAAACUUUGUAUUCAAUUUCCUUUAAAAUAAUCUAUUCCUUUCUGCUCGGUGCAAGAGUUAAGGUAUAACCAUUGCAAGACUUUUCUGGUAAUAUGUGGGUCUUUAAGAACUCAAUUUCCUGUUUUUGGUUAGAAUAAAGUUUUAAGUUUUUAGUGUUGCAAUGUCAUUGUCAUGUCAUGCCUAUAGUGUGUAUUUAGCUUUUGUGAAGAGUGUGGAGAAGCAUUUGAACGACCAAAAAAGAUUUCUUUGCAGCUUUCAAUCCUAACAACAUCUAGCACUUUAUUCUCUGUUGAUGUACACUCACUCUUAAUUAUGUAUCUUUACAAUUAUUAUAGUUUGGGGGGUUUUCAUCGCUUGGAUUUAUUCAUUAUUCCUUUUGUAUGCUGGAACCCUUUCCUUUCAAGUUAAUAACAAUAUUUUUGGUUUGCAAAAUACAACUGUAUCAUUUAUUGCUAACAAGCACAGUGAUGUGAUAGAAAGGACUGUUGAUUCUAGGAGACAGAAGAUGUUACCUGCCAAUUGCUGGUGUAUGUAACAACGUCUUGCCAAAGACUGGGGAAAUUAUAUUUGACGGCCCACAAGUGGGAAUUCUUAAGAGAAUUGUUUUAUGGAGCAGGAAAUUGGUGUACGAUUUAAACGAGGAAGGAAAAUUAUAGUUUUUGGAAUAGAUAAAUGUUAAAAAAAAAAUAAUUAUUCUAUAUACAAAUCUGCUGGUUUAUUUUGCAUUUCUUUCACAAACUGGAGAAUGCAUUUCUGAAAUGCUCUUCAGACUCUUCCAAAAAAAAAAUAAAAUAAAAAAAUACAGUAUUACAAAGUAAAAUAAAGAAAGAUCACACAGUAUAUUAUUGUGAGAGAUUCAAUGUAUAAUUUAUCACGUUAGGUGUCUUUAUUGCUCCCCCCUUUAGUCCACAACACCAAGGUAUAAUUUAUAUCCUGCUUCCAGACUGAAAAUAUGUUGAAUGGAAACCCAGAUGUGUCUUCGUUUGCUGUGUGAAUAUGACAGAUGCUUAAUUUGCUACUGCUUAGGUUUAAGAGAAAGAUAUACAGCAAAUUAACCUGCUCAUAUUAACCCUCCAUUGGUACUUUCAUUCCCUCCCCAGACAGACAAAAAGUGCAUGUAAUAGAAACAUAGAAUGUGACGGCAGAUAAGAACCAUUCGGCCCAUCUAGUCUGCCCAAUUUUCUAAAUACUUUCAUUAGUCCCUAGCCUUAUCUUAUAGUUAGGAUAGCCUUAUGCCUAUCUAACGCAUGCUUAAACUCCCUUACUGUGUUAACCUCUACCACUUCAGCUGGAAGGCUAUUCCAUGCAUCUACUACCCUCUCAGUAAAGUAAUACUUCCUGAUAUUAUUUUUUAACCUUUGUCCCUCUAAUUUAAGACUAUGUCCUCUUGUUGUGGUAGUUUUUCUUCUUUUAAAUAUAGUCUCCUCCUUUACUGUGUUGAUUCCCUUUAUGUAUUUAAAUGUUUCUAUCAUAUCCCCCCUGUCUCGUCUUUCCUCCAAGCUAUACAUGUUAAGAUCCUUUAACCUUUCCUGGUAAAACUGUAGACAAAAAUAAAUAAUUUAUUUCUAAUACUUCUAUUGGAAAAUCGUUAUUUUAUCAUUGCAAUUUGUAUAUUAAUGCUCAAAUAUAUAUUUCUUGCCUUGAUCUAUUUUGUUCACUCUUGAACUGUCACUAAAAUGCCUCAAUGUUUCUAACCCUAACUGGAUGUCAACCCUUCGUUUUUCCUUUAAAGUCUGCACCUUUUUAUUUAUUUUUUCCCCCCCACUUAAAUAGAAAAAAACAAUAUUUUUUCACAAACCAAUUUAGCUUGUGAUCAAAUGCACAACUAUUAAUCUACCACCACACUCUCAUGGCUUCCUAAGCCUCGUCUUGUUGCUUUGGCCUUGUGUACGAUGAUUUUGCCGAUGAAAACCUUUUUUUUUUUUUUUCAGCGAAGCCCUCUUCUAGCAUGGCAAUGAAGUUAUUAUUGGCAGACUCAGACACUGCUCCAGGAUACAUAAAUGAUUGAAAUUGUUGUGGUGAGCAGUUUUGCAAAGCUCAGAGCCAGAUUUAGAGACUUGUAGAUCUCUACUAUUCCCCAGAGAGAGGUUGCAAAGAGGUCUCAAAGCCCAAGGUGAAAUCCUUGAAUAAUAAUGCUUCUGCAUCACCUCUUUUCAUUGACUUGCCCUCUACUCCAGUGACAAGGGAUUUCUGCUGACUUCUUAGAUGAGUCCAUUGGAUUUCAUUCCCAUUAGAAGCACUAGAUGUGACCACAAUGGAUGUCAGGACAGGUUGCUGUGGACAUCCCUGAGGCAAGUGAUCACAAUCAAUGCAGGAUAGUGGAAAGGGAUCAGUUACUGCAGUAUUCCAGCUCUGUAGCAGUGUUCUCAGAUAUGUUCACAUAGAACCAAAAUUCUGACUGUCUCUGUAAAUAAUAUUUACAACAAUGGGAGGAUAAUCUUUCUCUCGGGAAUACAGGUGGCAGGCUUUAUUGAUUUCUAUAAAGCAUGGAUCAGCUAUAGGUGAACUGUCAGCAUUAUCUGUGAUGUACCAAACUUUGAUAUGGAUGUAUCCUGUUGUCUCUCCUGUUUACACUCUUAUGUAGGAACAUAAUCUGCUUCAGACGUCUCCCUUUGAAACUAUUCAUUCUUUUUAUAUUAAAUUAAUAUCCUGGAAUUUACAGUUCUCUCAAUUUGCUUGGUAACUUGUGUCUACACUUUUAGCCUUAUAUGUACAAUAGAUAAGGCGGCUUUACUUCCUUGCUUACACUUUCCUUCCUGGGAUGGUCUCCUGCCACCAUUCAGGAAAUAGAUGUCACUUCUUGCUGUCCUAAACCAAGAAACUGUAAGGAAAGGUUGUUGCAUAUCCUGGAUGUUGUUAGUGUUCAAAUCCUUCAUCUGAAACCAGUCACGUUUUUUUGAGACUGUGCCUACUUCUUGCUUUUCCCAGGCGGUUUAUAUGGAACAGCUUUGUAAGCUGCCCCUUAACCUCUCUGCACGGUUUUAUUGUUUUGUUAUAAAUGCAUCAUUGGAUGCCGAUUUUGGGAAAAUUGUUCUGUAGGCAACAUUUCCUAUGCUUUGCUUUCAGAGGCUGAACAAUUGCUUCAAAAUAUCCAUUUGCUGGAAUGAAAUAGGCAGUGCUCCUAAAGGUUGCUUUCUUUUUACCGCUGUUUUUUUGUUUUGUUUUAGUGAAGUAAUACAGCAGUGUGAUCACAUAAUUACUGCUUGACUUUGUGAUCUACAGCGUUCGAGAAAUUCAGUCAAAAGCAUUUUUCAGCUAGAGUGGAUACCAUCUAUGAUCUACCCCCAUUCCUAAAUCUUUUCUUUUGUUUAGGAAAAUUAUGGCUAUAAAUAUUUAAUGAUGAUGCAAGGAUUAUUUUCUUCCUCCUGCAGUAAUAAGAGCGGUACUAUUGGCACUGGUACUACCAAUUCAGUUCAGAAUGAAAUAUGACCCACAUUGAUUUCUUUUUCACUCUGAAACAUUAAAUGGAAAGAGAUGAAUAAUCUUUGAAGGUAUCAAAUCCUUUCUUUGCCAACAUACGUAUCUGAGUUCUCCCAGUUGCUGUCGGAUCCUUUUGAAUUAUAAAGAAGUCAUCCUUUUGAGAAUGCUUGUUUGCAGUAAUUGUUCCCUGCACCCCAUAUUCAAGUUUCCUUUAGAUACCAUUAAAUUGAAUCUAAAGGAAGGCUGUCAGCAGCACGUGUUGACAAGUUCAGAAAGGACAGCUGGUCUGUACAUUGUGCUAGUACUAUAAGGAGAAUUGAAGAGUGAACAAUGAAUUUAUAUUGUUUAAAUCCUCUCCAUGAUUUCACCAUACUGAUAGUAUUUGAAAGACACCCUGAAUUGUACGUGCUCAUUUCCGAUCUCAUUUUCUGCCAGAUGUGGCGCUAAAACACUCAAGUGAAUAUAAUAUCCUCUAAGGGCCAAUAUUACUUGCCCACUUUGUAUAUGGCAACAGAGGAGUAAUAUCAUCAUGGCUAAAUGCAUAGUCAUUUGCUCUUGAUCUUUGUAUUUGGUAGGAAUUUAACAUGUAUUGCCGCUGGCUUUAAAUUUUCUCCUGUGAGUUUAACUUCGCUUGCGACUAUGUAACCAUGAUAUGGGGUAGCCAUUUUGGCAUUGUACUUUGAGGCUUCAGUGAUGUAGUUAACCAUUUUGGUGCCACACAAUUUACCGAACAAUGUAAAACUACUUUAGCCAUUUAACUUUCGAUUUACUUUACUGUUUUAGAUAUACUAUGAGGAUUAUGAUGUUCAAAUUUUAAGUACAAAUUGGAAAAAUUCUGUACGCCAGCUGUGCUUUUAAUUUGUUACUUUAGCCCAGUGGUUCCCAAACCUUUUAGGUUCAAGGCACCAUAAAUAGUUUAAUAUUUUUCCAAGGCGCCUCAAGUCAAAAAUAUUUCUAGGUUGUAUAUAUGUACAGCGCAGCGGCAUGUACUGGGCCCCUGUUUGGCAGAAAUUCUUGCAGUUCAGAACCUAAUCUUGGGAGGGGCAAUGGUAUAUUAUUUAAAGAAACAAUCCAGGCACAAUAACCAUUACAGCACUUUGUGUGUAUGGGGGGGGCAGUGUUUGUGUAUAUAGGGGGGUAAUUGUAUGUAUGGGGUGGACAUGGUGUGUGUGUGUGGGGGAGGAGGGUGGGUGUGUGGGUGGGAGGAGCCGUGUUUGUGUGGGGGGGAGUUAUUGUGGGGGUCUGUGGGGGUGGGAGGGCAAAUUCAUAAAUAUAUAAUGUUUUGUUUUUUUAAUAAUUUCAUAUCCCCCCCUCCCUUAUUACCUUUGCCUGAGAGGGGGGACAUUUCCUGCAGUCCCUGGUGGUCCAGUGGGGAAGCCAUGGUGGUCCCAGUGGUGAGAGUGAACUCUAGCAGCCUCAGGAGCAAGAUUUGGAGCCGCGGCAACGCUCAGAGCUCGCGAGAGGAGAACCCGGCGGAGCUGCAGGUUAGAGCUCCCCUGGGUCCUCUCUCCCUCCUCUCUGGUCCUGCACAUCUGGCUGGGGAGAGGGAGGCAUAGUUCCCUGGGAAAACAUUUUGCGGCCCGCUAAAAGUUUGGGAACCGCUGCUCUAGCCUUCUAUUUGAGUUCUCCCUUUAGUGAAUAACCUUGUAGAUAUGCUAUUGUGAAGGAUAGGCAGAUUCAUUUGUUGGAAAAAUGGUAAGGGGUUGGGAAAUAAAAAGUAAUGUUAUAACAUUAGCAAUGUACCGAUUACAUUGUACAUUUGUGUGAACAUAUUUAUUGAGUGAAAUUUUGGUCAAUUGUCCUUUACUCUUGAUGCUAUUGAAAGGUAUUUCUUGAAAUAAACUGUCAAAUUUGUACUUGUUUAUCUUACUUGUUAAAUAGAUAUGUAAAGGGUUUUAGUGCAUUUGAGAAAUUUCAUUAAUAUGCUUUUUUGUUUUUGUGCUCAUAUCUUUGUAGUUUUUGCACAAAAUAAAUAAAUAUUUAGCAGAAUGCAUAAGCCUCCUUAGCCACACCCCCCCGUAUCAGAAAACCUUUAUUAUCAAAGGUAUGCACACAGUCUCAGACCCAACAGCACUGAGUGAACUGGUUUUACAGGGGCACUAUAGACAUCCAAAGCUUAAUGAAGCAGUUUUGGUGUAAAGAUCAUGCCCUUCAGUCUCACUGCUCAGUUCUAUGACAUUUAGGGGUUAGAUCAGUUUUGUUUCGGUCCAUGCAGCAAAACCUACACAGUGCGUGAGAUGAUAAUGUAACAAAUAAAAAGAACAUUUAGUAAGGGGACCCUAAAGUCACCCAAACCACUUCAUCUUAGUGAAGUGGUCUUAAUGCACUGGUCCUGUCCUGUUUUGUUUUUUUUUAGAAUUCACCUAUAGUUACUUUCUUCCAGAUGUGCAGUAUUGCCAUCUCUGAGGCACUAACUGAAUAAAACCUGGUCACGUGAUGAAGAAACCCAUAGGAAAGCACUGAGUACAAUGCUAUCCUAUGGGGACACUUGGAUACCCACUCAGUUUUCCAUACAUACAUAUCAGGUUCCCAAUGCAUCUCUUUGAGUAUCAUUGUACUCAAUCUCCUCGAUGACGUUGUAGGAGGCAGAGAGAUUAGCUUAGUGCUUCAAAACGAGACACUAUAACGAGACACUAUAGGCACCCAGACAAUUUCAUCUCAUUUAAGUAGUCUGGUUGUACUGUCCCUGUCACCCUAGUACUGCAAUGUAAAACAUUAUAGUUUUAGAGAAACUGCAAUGUUUACAUUGCAGUAUGAAGACAGCCACUAAAGGCGCUUCUGGGAGUUUACUGGACUCCAGGUUCUCUAAAUAACACUGGACGUACUCACGCUCUGCGUCCGUCAAAUCCCAAUAGAAUAGUGCCGACCCAUCAAUGAGGGACAUCGGUGCUGAAGUUGGGUAAAUAAAGAGUUUUUAACCCUUUAUGUUCUAUGGGGGGGGGGGGGGGGGGGGCAUUAUAGUGUUAGGAAUACCGGUUUCUAUUCCUAACUCUAUAGAAUCCCUUUAUGUAAAACAAAUUUUAUUUGAGAAAGGGGAGACCUCUAUCUAAAUAAGGACUGAGGCAUGAUAGCAUUAGGUAUACCAGUUUCCAUUCCAAAUGCUAUAUUGGUCCUUUCCUAAUGGGCAUGGUCUAUACAUCAUAGCCACAUCAUUAACCUAAAGUUGCUUUGGUGCUUAGUGUACCUUUACGAUUUUGCAUUUUAUUAUGGAUCUGCUAGUGAGCCAGUGGGGAAGCAGAUGAUGAAUGAUUAGUGAGGUAAUAGAGUCUAGAACAGGGGUGCCCAAAAGGUAGCAGCUUCCAUGAUGCUUUGUCAUUCUAAAAGCAUGCAAAGCAUCAUGAUAGUUGGGGAUCUACCUAUUGGCACCCCUGGCUCUAGAAGAUGAAUUCAUGGUAGAGUGAAUAAAGGAUAGUUUGAGGCAAUGAAGGCCAGGUAGAACAGAAGUGCAGUAAUCCAGAUGUGAGAAUGGCAGAGCAUGGAUUAGCAUUGUGAUUGUUUCUAGUAUUAAGAAUGAACAAAUAAAGCAGAAAUCACUGCUAUUGACUUGUGGGCAGUAAGGGUUGUGGGUGUGAAAAUACCAAGUGAUGAUUUGUGUUGUAUGGAGUAAUCAAAUCUCAUGUUUAAUAAUGUUUAUAAUAGUGGUUUCUGAUGCAUUAGAGCUGUGAAUGUGAAGGGAGAAGAAAGUGAAGCCUGGCAGGAAUGUGGUUUAAAAGUGUCAGGUGUAAUUUUACAACCUAUAGUUUAGAUAUGUAGAUAAGCUAGGUUUGUCUUUUGUUCAAAGCAUGUCGCAUUAGAAUGUUCCUAUUCAUUUUCUAAUAGUGAAAAUAUCACUGUCACAAUCUAGAGUCAGAGCAGCAACAAGUGAUAGGAGGACUUACAUUGCAGUCAUUGUUAUACAACACUAGGGUUUUUUGUCCCUUGCCCAUUCUGUAGAAUGCAGAACUUCAUAUAUAAUUGAUGAUUAAAAAAAACAAGUGUAGUGUAAACUGAACGGGUAAUAAGCACUAUAUGAAUUAAUGUACUGCUAUUUCUCAGUACUUGUAUGAGUAUGUCAUUGAAAUCGUAGUGUCAGGAUAACACUAUGAGAAUAGCCCACAAUUUUAUUUAUUAGAGAGGCGAGUACACGUGGAAAGAAAUGAAUAAUGCAAAAAUAUUGCAGACAAUAUCUAUAGUAGUUAAGAAGGCACAAAACUAAAAAGUGCAAGUACUCCUAAUAUUGACAUGUACAAUCAAAUGCCAUGACUUUCUGGUUGGUAUAUCGUGAGGUACCGCAGGUCCUUUUAGAACAACCCUGUGGAUAGAAUGUUCUGCCCUUCAGCCCAUCUCAAACGCCUGCUAAAUUACUGUAGACAAAUCUUGGAAAACAAGCAGACUCUUACGUCAGUCUGUAUUACUUACAUGACCUGUCUUAGCAAUUUCAAACUUGACUUCUCUGUUUUUCCUUUCAAGGAACUGUUAGAAAAAUGUUCACUUUUUAAUACUAACUGUUAACUAAUCGUGUGUUGUAGAAUUAGGAGGGGAAGUGAUCAUCUUAUAGAACUGAAGAUUUCAGCUUGUGUGUAUUCCUCUUGCUUGUUGCAAUUUUUACAUUUCAGCAUGGGUGUGUGUGUAUAUAUUCAUCUUGACUGUUGAUAUUUUAUAUUCCUCUCUUUAAUGUGAUACUGUGUAGGACAAUUUGAAAUGAGGGCAUGGCACCAUUGUUCUUUGCCAACUACUGCCAUUCAAGGAUCAAAUCUCAAAUAGCUUGUAACAUACACAAACGAGGUGUGUUGAAUAAUUGCCUCAUGUUAUGGCAGCAAAUUGGAUUCAGACAUUGGCUUCAGAAGUGAGUGCUUGGAACUGAUAUUCUGCUCAUGGCUGCAGGAGGAGCUGUUUGUGACAGCCUUAGGAGGAUCACAGAUAGUUCUUUGGACAGAUAUAGAAUGCAAUGUCCUCUCUGCUAACAGGAAAUGACUAGACUAGGAGUGAAGCAAGGAACUGAUAUAUGAAUCUUCUCUCUCUAUCAUGGCUAGGUCAAAUCACAGAGCUUCGGGGACUGGAGACUUUGUAUUUUACCAGACUGGUGCCUGGAAAAUUUUUUAGUUGUGUCCUGGGCAAAUUACCCGUACAAACUGUUUUGCAUUUGUUUGUUUUUUAUUUUUAUAAAGUUUGGCUUCAUUUUCCAUUAGAGAAUGCAUCUGUUUUAUAGGGAACACCUACUCUGCCUGUUAAAAACCACACCCCCAUCUCCUUAGUGCCUGCUGCUUGCUGCCAUGAAUCUGUGCAUGGCUCUGACAUUGACACAGAACACCGCAAUCCCCUGGAGCGAGAGGGACGAUAACUGGCCAGGAGAAAGGAGAGGAAGACUGGGGCCAGAAUGGCCAACCUUGAAAUGGCAGACACACGCACUGCUACACAUACUACAAUCCAGACUAUACACACACACACACACACACACACACAUUAACUACUGCAUAUAUACACACUAUACUGCUACAACCCAGACUAUACACACACUACUGCAUAUAAUGCUACUACUUAGACAUUUAUACACACUCCACAAACAUAUACACACGCACACUCUAAGUAUUUAUUUUAUUUGUUUGGAUGGGGGUUUGGAGGGUCCUUUAGAAUUCUGAGCCUACAGGUACUCAUGAUCUAAAUCUGGCCCUGUAUAAAGCGUGUAUGUUCUGAAAAGUGGUGCAAACAUAUAAAAGGGCUGUGUUAGCAAUGCCAUCUUCCUGCUGGCUCCACUGGUUUGCAUGGAGAUUUCUGCACUCAUAGCAAUAUAUAUAUAUAUAUAUAUAUAUAUAUAUACACCGUUGCAAGAAAAAGUAUGUGAACCCCUUGGAAUGAUAUGGAUUUCUGCACAAAUUGGUCAUAAAAUGUGAUCUGAUCAUCAUCUAAGUCACAACAAUAGACAAUCACAGUCUGCUUAAACUAAGAACACACAAAGAAUGAAAUGUUGCCAUGUUUUUAUUGAACACACCAUGUAAACAUUUACAGUGCAGGUGGGAUAAGUAUGUGAACCCCUAGACUAAUGACAUCUCCAAGAGCUAAUUGGAGUGAGAUGUCAGCCAACAGGAGUCCAAUCAAUGAAAUGAGAUUGGAGGUGUUGGUUACAGCUGCCCUGCCCUAUAAAAAACACACACCAGUUCUGGGUUUGCUUUUUACAAGAAGCAUUGCCUGAUGUAAAUGAUGCCUCGCACAAAAGAGCUCUCAGAAGACCUACGAUUAAGAAUUGUUGACUUGCAUAAAGCUGGAAAGGGUUAUAAAAUAUCUCCAAAAGCCUUGCUGUUCAUCAGUCCACGGUAAGACAAAUUGUCUAUAAAUGGAGAAAGUUCAGCACUGCUGCUACUCUCCCUAGGAGUGGCUGUCCUGUAAAGAUGACUGCAAGAGCACAGCGCAGACUGCUCAAUGAGGUGAAGAAUCCUAGAGUGUCAGCUAAAGACUAACAAAAGUCACUGGCAAAUGCUAAUAUCCCUGUUAGCGAAUCUACAAUACGUAAAACACUAAACAAGAAUGGAUUUCAUGGGAGGAUUCCACAGAGGAAGCCACUGUUGUCCAAACAAAACAUUCCUGCACGUUUACAGUUUGCACAAGAGCACCUGGAUGUUCCACAGCAGUAUUGGCAAAAUAUUCUGUGGACAGAUGAAACCAAAGUUGAGUUGUUUGGAAGAAACACACAACACUAUGUUUGGAGAAAAAAAGGCACAGCACACCAACAUCAAAACCUCAUCCCAACUGUGAAGUAUGGUGAUGGGGGCAUCAUGGUUUGGGGUUGCUUUGCUGCGUCAGGGCCUGGACGGAUUGCAAUCAUAGAAGGAAAAAUGAAUUCCCAAGUUUAUCAAGACAUUUUGCAGGAGAACUUAAGGCCAUCUGUCUACCAGCUGAAGCUCAACAGAAGAUGGGUGUUGCAACAGGACAAUGACCCAAAGCAUAGAAGUAAAUCAACAACAGAAUGGCUUAAACAGAAGAAAAUAUGCCUUCUGAAGUGGACCAGUCAGAGUCCUGACCUCAACCCGAUUGAGAUGCUGUGACAUGACCUCAAGAAAGCGAUUCACACCAGACAUCCCAAGAAUAUUGCUGAACUGAAACAGUUCUGUAAAGAGGAAUGGUCAAGAAUUACUCCUGACCGUUGUGCACGUCUGAUCUGCAACUACAGGAAACAUUUGGUUGAAGUUAUUGCUGCCAAAGGAGGUUCAACCAGUUAUUAAAUCCAAGGGUUUACAUACUUUUUCCACCUGCACUGUGAAUGUUUACAUGGUGUGUUCAAUAAAAACAUGGCAGACUGUGAUUGUCUAUUGUUGUGACUUAGAUGAUGAUCAGAUCACAUUUUAUGACCAAUUUGUGCAGAAAUCCAUAUCAUUCCAAAGGGUUCACAUACUUUUUCUUGCAACUGUGUGUGAUGGGAGUUGCACUCCAGCUCCCCUUCAGUUUCUGCCCGGUGCUCAGCUGCACGAAUGUAUAGAUUUCGAAGAAAGCCAGCACUCAAGGACUUUUGUGUUGCAAAAAAUAAGAAGCCUUUUAAUCCAAUAGGUCAAGAGGUCUUGACCUAUUGGAUUAAAAGGCUUCUUAUUUUUUGCAACACAAAAGUCCUUGAGUGCUGGCUUUCUGCGAACUAUAUAUACAUUCGUGCAACUGGAUUAAAAGGUUUUUUAUCCUUUUUGCAACACAAAAGUCCUUGAGUGCUGGCUUUCUGCGAACUAUAUAUAUAUAUAUAUAUAUAUAUAUAUAUAUAUAUAUAUAUAUAUAUAUAUAUAUAUAUAUAUAUAGUUCGCAGAAAGCCAGCACUCAAAGACUAUAAAGUUGCAAAAAGGAUAAAAAACCUUUUAAUCCAGUAGGUCAAGAGGUCAACGUUUCAGUCCAUCGUUGUGGACUUUCAUGUCCUGAUGAAAGUCCGCAACGAUGGACUGAAACGUUGACCUCUUGACCUACUGGAUUAAAAGGUUUUUUAUCCUUUUUGCAACUUUAUAGUCCUUGAGUGCUGGCUUUCUGCGAACUUUAUACAUUUGUGCAGCUGAGCACCGGGCAGUAACUGAGGAGAGCUGGAGUGCAACUCCCAUCAUUUUUUAUAUAUAUAUUUUUUUUCUCUCUCUCUCUCUCUCUCUCUCUCUCUCUCUCUUUUAUAUUGACACAUCAUAUUAGUGAAUACUGCUUUAUGCUAUGUUCAUUUAUAAUUUUUUAUGUUUUUGAUUAUAAUUUUUAUCUUCAAAUCUCAUUAAAUAAUUUUCAAUCAAAUUGCAUAUGAAAGCACUCUUAACUGAAGACAUCUUUUUUUUUUCUUCUCUUUUCUAAAGCAGGUAAUGGGUUUGUGAACCCUCGUGCUUCUCCAAGCCUACUGGGGCCAACUGGCGGUAAUGGAAUGGGAAAAGUGAUGCCCACAAAGUCUCCACCUCCACCAGGGGGCAACCUAGGGAUGAACAGCCGGAAGCCAGAUCUACGUGUAGUCAUACCCCCGUCCAGUAAAGGCAUGAUGUCUCCUUUGGUACGUUUUAUUUAUGUGUCCCCUUCGAUGCUUAAUUCAUUGAAGUGAUUAUAGCUAGUAAACUGAGGUCAUUCAUGCAAUCUUCUGAUAACAUUAAAAAUGUAAUGGGACAUGAAAUAUAUGGAUUCAUGGAUUUAAAAAUUAUAAUUGAGGGCACAGAUAGGAAAAUCACUGGCUAGUUGACCAAACUGGAAUGAUUUUCAGCCAAAUUCUGUUUCUAUUACUCAAAACGCCUAUCCUAAAUAUUUAUUUUCACCUUGUUCCCAAACCAGGCUUUAAAGGGGAAGACUAAGCAUCAUAAUCUCGAAAGCUCAUCGUGGUAUCAUGAUGCAAAGAUUAUUUGUCCCAUUUUUAUUUAUAGCAGUGAUAAACUGAUAACACCCGGUUGUGUCAGUAUCUUCCAAUUUGCAGAACCGAAUUGUUUCGAAGUUCUGGAAGCUUUGAAUUCUUGAGGGUUACUUCCUUGAAAUAUACCGUUACUGUUUAUUUGAUGACUACAAUCAGAGAGAUUUUAAACUAGCAGACUUAUAUAUCUUUAUUUGUUGUUAAUAGAAUAGUCAGAGCACCGGCGAAUUAAUAUUUUGAAUUUUUUUAAUGUAAAUAUACAGUGAGUUUUUCUUUAGCUGUCAGAUUUUUCAAGCAUUAGUUGUCCCUAAUGGGCAAGCAUUAGCUGGUGUUAUUAAUGACGAGGCAAGAAAACCCAAGAAAAAGAGUUUAAUUUUGCUCAAAAUAAAGAAAGCAAAACUGUCAGUGGAUAAUGCAAUUGGCUUGCCUGUUCUUUAAAACUUGCAAAUAUCACUCUCACAAGAACUAGAAAACAAUGUAUGCGGGAUAUAGUCUGUAACUGUGCUUUUCCUCAUUUACAUACAGACGGAAGAAGAUGAAUUGGAUUUGGUAAGUUAAGUGUGUGCAUGGGGAAAAUAAUUUUAAGAUUAGUAUAAAUGUUUCCUUUAAAAUAUUAUGUUACAAAAAUAUUCAUUGCCAAUACUAUGGAAUAUUAAAUGCACGUGAUUGCUUUGUGCCUUUAAAGGAAACAUUUAGGUGAACAUUUCUGGCCACUUUGCAUUGUCCCCCAAACCCCCAUCCCUUCAUCACACUUCAGGUGAUUGUCCGUAGGAGGCACAGUAGUAUUUUUGCUUUCUUUUGGAGAGAUUACAUCAUCCUUGGUGAGGUCAUUCCUUGACAGUGCUGAGAAUAAUCCAACGUUUCACAUGAAUAUUAAAACUCUAACUUGCUGUGUACAGAGAGACAGACCAUAUUUCACAGCAUCUCAACAAUCAUGAAUGCGUUAUUAUUGCAGAAGAAGAUCUGUACUUUGAAAAUAUUGAUAAGCCUAAUCUGUUGGCUGUUUUACAUUUACUCUUGUAAUACAGAUCGUAGUGAUGGCUUCUGGACAGCAGAAACUGACAUUGACCAUUAAUGCUCACAGAUAGAUUAGUCCGUGAUGAGGUGCAUGUGGCAUAGCAGCAUGAUGUGUUGUGCCUAUAUACUGUGGCGUGGUGCAUGGUUUGAUGUGACUAUUAAUACAAAGGAUCUUCCAGUACUCUGAGCUGCAGGCUGUACAAAGCGUGCAUGUGUGAUAUAUAGUUUUACAUUCUCACAAUGCUCAGCCAGCCACAAUUCUGGCGAUUUAUUCUUGGCCCACAUAUGCUGGAAGGUUUCCUGAACUGUACUAUUAUACUUUGAGAGAUUUAUCAGGGUGGUGUCUUUGGGAUUGUGAUUUCAUUAAUCUCACAUCUAUUGCACCAGUUUAAGGCCUGUAUUAGUACAUGAUGUAUUCAUCUGCUCCUUUGAAACUUAUUCUUGAAACUUAUUCUUGUUGCUACUGUUUGCUUAAAGUGGGUUUAUCUCCAGAAUUGUAUUUAAAAACAGUGUGAUUAAAUUUAAAUGCAGCUGCCAUGCAAAUGUCCUGCAAAUAUAAUUACAUAUAUAAUUUGUUCUAGGUAAAUUGAUAGUAAACAUAUUGCACUGAUUGUAUUUUAUAUUGCACAAUCAAGCACAUACCUCAAUGCCAUUUGCACAGACAGAUAUAUCAAUGUUGCUGACUGUCAGAUGUAUCCCCCAUAAUGCUUGAGACAGAAUCCCAGAAUCCAAGCAUUCGGGGGUCUUGUCUCAAGUGUUAUGGGCUGCUCGCAAGGUGAGUGAACCAAACACGAGGAAGCAGUUCAUUUCUCUGCAAAUAUAUCACUGAAUGUAUACACUUACUUGUGAAUUCACAGCUGCAGUGCGAUGAUUAGAUGGCAAUUUUAGCUUAAUCAGACCCUUUUCAUUUACAGUGAAUGAUAGUCCGCAACAUUAAUUAAAAAUAAGUCUUCAUUUUGUGCUAGCAUAAGUCUGAUAAAUGGGCAGAUGUGAAGUACUGAAUGAGGUCCACAUUGCUUGGACACCAUUUUUAAAAAUUGUUUUGGUUAUAGAGUAAGUGUGUGUUUUUGUUUUUAUUACUUGGUGUUAUUUGAGUGAAAUGCAUCCUGGAUCUGUAUAACUUACAGGGUUAUUUACUAAAGGUAGAAUUAUCAGGAGUUUAAUGUGAAUUCCAAAUUUAAGGCAGGAACAGGAAGCAUGGCUGAUUUCAAUAUUUUGUUUUCAGUUCAGCUACUACUGAAAUUCACUUUGAAUUCCUAACAAUUCUUUAUUUUGUAUGUAACAGAUAUAGGAAUAAGCUGUAGUUUGCUAUUAUUUUUGACUUUUCUCAUUUUGAAGAUAGGCUGCAUUUAUAUUUCUUUCAUUUGACAAUCCGUUUCAAAUCUGUUUUUAGACUUUUGAGAGGCCAGACUAAUUAGCAAAGCAAGUCUGCCCUCCUGUGGUUACAGAACUGUACUUUACUAAAAAAAAAAAAAAAAAAGUUUACAUUUAAGCCAAGUAAGAGGACAUUUGUCAAGGGGAAUUUUAAUGUGUGAUUCCCUCCUCUAAAUAAUUUCUGCCACAUUGGAUUGGGCACAGUGCAAAUAAUCGAUACUUUACUUUACUGCCAUACUGGUCACUCAGGAGUUCUUGAAAUGUUUGUGCAGGUUGUUGCCCGUUAAAUAGUUUGCAUAGUGUUUCAGUAUUUGGCUGCUCUAAAUAAAGCCAUGUGUGUUGUAUAUUAGCCAAUCAUUCCCUCUUAUUUCUUCUUAGAAUACCCAAAGGAUAAUCAGCUCUCAGUCUACACAACCUCUUGCUACACCAGUUGUCUCAGUAACAACUCCCAGUUUAGCUCCACAGGGCCUGGUGUACUCUGCAAUGCCUACUGCCUACAAUACAGGUAAGAAAAUAUCCAAACCCUAGGAAGGCUACAUUUAAUUAUCUAUCAUCUCAUUAUGUGUCAAAUUGGGUAAUAGACUCUAUCUAUUCUGGUUGUAAUAGUAAAACUAUCUUGUAUCUUAGAGCCUGCCAGUGGCGUACACAUGACCCAUGGGGCUCCGGUGCGAAAAUUGAUCCGUGCCCCCUCCCCGCGCGCUUACUCGGCGCGGGUCGGGGCCGCAACACAUGGCGGCGGGCACCUGGUUUCAGGGCUGCGACCCCGCGACCACGGUAUGCACACACACUUAAAGGACCACUACAGACACCCAGAUCACAUCAGCUCAAUGAAGUGGUCUGGGUGCCAGGUCCCUCUAGUUUUAACCCUGCAGCUGAAAACAUAGCCAUUUCAGAGAAACGGCUAUGUUUCACUGAGGGUUAAUCCAGCCUCUGGUGGCUGUCUCAUUGACAGCUGCUAGAGGAGCUUCCGCGAUUCUCACUGUGAAAAUCACAGUGAGAAGACACUGAACGUCCAUAGGAAAGCAUUGAGUAAUGCUUUCCUAUGGGCGGUUUAAAUGCGCACGCGCCUCUUGCCGCGCAUGUGCAUUCGGAGCUGAGAGGCGGAGGGAUCUCCAGCGCCAAGGGAGUCCGACGCUGGAGAAAGGUAAAUGCUGAAGACACACACACUAACACACACAUUUUUUUUUUUUUAUUUAAUCCCCCUAGCCUCCUUACCUUUUGGAGUGCUGGGGGGAUUCCCUGGGGUCCAGUGGUGCUGCUGGGCGUGCGGGCUUCCUGUCUGGGUGGCCGGCGCGCGAGGGAGCACUCUCCCCUGAGUGCUUCCUCUUCAGCUCCCUCGCACGCCGCAUAGGGAUGCCGGCGCUGGAAGAUGACGUCCCAGACAGCCAGCCCGCCCGCCCGGGUCAGCAGGGCCAGCCUCGGGGGGGGGGAGGGGGAGGAGAGAAGAGGCUGGCCCUGGUAUGUACGCCACUGGAGCCUGCCCAGGUACAGCAUGUUGCCGUUCUCCUUGUAUAUCAGUGCUUAUAGCUCUGAUUAUCAUAUUUACUGUAAAACAUGGACAUGAUUGUGUGUAAUAUCUACCUAAUCAAAUGAAGGGGCCAAAGUGGUUUUCCUAGCACUGUAGUGCCUCACUCCCUCUCGGUCGUAAGCUGUGGUACCGAAGGGGUUAAAAUCCCUUCUGUCACUUACCGGAUUCAUCAGCGCUGGGUCAGACUCUGCCUCUGCUCCAAAGACAGCGGGGGGACCUAUAUAAGUGAAUCUGAGCUAAGGUACUGUAAGUGAAUCUGAGUGGGAUUGUGUUCACCCAACAUGACUAAAUGUAUUGAAAGUUGAUCAUUAACAACCAAAUGGAUUGCGAUGGAUCCCAGAUUAUAUACAAUUGCUGACAUUCUUUUGCCCAAGUAAUGUUUUUCACAACUUUUAUUAAUAUACAUUGUUUGUCUCUGUUCUACAGAUUACCCUUUGACCAGUGCGGAACUGUCUGUUCUACAAGGGUUUAACUCCCCAGGAUUACUGCCUUUAGGACAGGUGUCUGCUUGGCAGCAGCAUCACAUAGGACAAGCUACCCUCAGUUCUCUUGUGUAAGUAUAUGUGUAUAUCCCUCUACAAAAUGGCACAUUCAAAAGUUUUCUGGUGUAAGAUUAUGUAAGGAUGUAGUAGAAAGUUUUAAGGGUAUGUAAGUUUGCCAACCUUUACAACUGUGUGAACACUUAUGCAGUAGCUUUGUGUCCCUGUCACAAAUCUGUUUGGCAAAGUUGGAAUUGGUACAAAAAUGUACAAAAUUGAGCUACUGCCACACAUUCUGGGGCAACACAUAACUAGGUUAUUUAACUCAUAACUAGGUCUUCUUUAAUCAUACCUCUUCAUAAUGCAGCAUGUCUUUUAUUUUUAUUUUUUUAACAGGUCUGGUGGGCAGUUAUCUCAGGGUUCAAACUUGUCUAUCAGUACCAACCAAAACAUCAACAUAAAGUCUGAGCCAAUUUCCCCUCCACGUGACAGAGUCACUUCUGGAUUCCCCCAACAGCCGCCACAACAGCAACACCAUCAUCAACCUCGUCCUGAAAUGGGGCGAUCGCCCGUUGACAGCCUAAGUAGUUCAAGCAGUUCUUAUGACGGCAGCGACCGAGAAGACGUCCGGAAUGAUUUCCACUCACCUGUUGGCCUGGGGAGAAACCCCAACAAUGAAGACAGGGACAGUCCCUCUAUGAAACGCAUGCGUAUGGACGCUUGGGUGACAUAAAUCCUACCCUUGCUGCAAAGAGCACCCCCCCAGCUUAUCUUAGACAUUUAACAAGGAUGCAAAACCAAUAUACAUAUAUAAAUAUAUAGAUAUGUCUCGCACACAAGUCCACUGGUUACGUGUGUGUAUGUGUGUACGUGCUCUUGUGUAAUACACACAUUAAUCAGGUACCUGCUGCAAUGACUGUACACAGACAUACAAAUGUCCUCUGUGAUGUGGCACUUACGUGGACUUUUUAAUAACACGUUUGGAGAAAAAGACAUGCAUUAUGCAUAUUAUCAAUAGCAAGGGAUUUUUUAUAUUAUCGUAAAAGAAGGGCAGUGAGAAAGUUGGCGAAUUGUAACACCUGCUGGUUUUUUAAUUUUUUUUAAUUUUUGCAAUGCCCCACACACUGCCCGCAUGCCUUGGGGGGUUCGUAACACUUUCACUGCCAGAGAAGCCUCCAUAGCAGUGGGCUAUUCCUCCUUCAGGAAGCUGGUUGUGAAAGUCAUUGUUUUUAGGAGGUGUAAAAAAAAAAAGAAAGGCAGGUAGCUGGAAACUUUGAAAGCAAUAUUGUACACUAUCAUAUUUGAAUCAACUACACACAGAUCCCUCUUGCAAAAGAAGUACAUAAAGGGCUGACGCCACAUGAUCUAUUUUUGCACGUGUUACAAACAAACAAAAAACUUGUAUCAGGUCAGAGGAGUGAGAUUUGACUUAAAAUGUGAUUUAAACCUGGGGGAAAAGCAUGAGAAUUUAAAUAAAAUUAGAUUUUAAAAAGAGCUAUAUGCCUUGAUGCAAGGCAUUAAAAAGUAAUAUAUUAAGUUAUAAUUGGAAUAUGUUUGAGAACAUUUCUUUUUAAAUUCAUACCUUGAGAAACAGAGAGAGAACCAAUUUUAGCUUGUGUAUAUUUUCUAUUAUGGGGAAAAAAUACCCUUAUGAAUUAAUGACUAUAUAUAUAUAUAAAAAAGUUAUAUACUUUUGAACACGUUCUGCAAUGAAUUAUUUAUAUAAACCAAAGCUGUACGUUUAAGCUUUUUUUUUUUUUUUUUUAAGAGUAUAGAUUUAACAUGUUAUAUCUUAGUUUUUAUAGUUUUUUGCUUUCAGAGUAAAAAUAAAAAUACAAAAAAAUAACAAUGCAAUGUCUGCAGAAGAAAUAAAAUAAGCCAUGAUAAUUAUUGUAUGUGUAAAUUAAACUUUGAGCCAAACUCAUAUUUUGUGUACAUAGCAUUCUAAAUAUUUCACCAGACGGUUUAAGUACUGCUGUAUUAUACAUUCACCUUAGCUUAAAAAAAAACCAUAUAAAUAUAUAGAUAUAUAUUUGUGGAUCGUUGCCAACUUGAAAUGAUAAAAGCAAUAUCCAUAAAAAGUAGGUGAGUAUUUGAUGUGUUAUGUGUAAUCCCCAUCAUAAAUGCUGUACUCCCACUUUGGUAUUGAUUGCUAUACUUGUUACUACAUUUUCUUUAUUAUCCAGGAGAAGUUGUAUUAAAGAAUAUAUUUAGUAUUGUUGUUCUCUUAAUGAUGUGCUACAAUCUACAGACACAUUUUGUUUCAUACACUGCAACGUGGCAAAAACUUUUUUCAUUUUUUGUGUGUGUGUGUGUGCAUAUAUGUAUAUGUAUGUGUAUAUUUAUUAUGUCCAUUAUAUAUAUGUAUAUAUAUAUAUAUAUAAUUCAUGCACUCUGGCUCCACGUUAUAAUGUGGGUGCUAUAUAUAUGAUGGAUCUGUAUACACCCGUAUAAUGUUUAUAGUGUGUGAUAGUAUUCUAAAAUUAUGUGUAGAAAUGAAUGCAGGUUGUGAUGACUUAAUAAAACAUCAGUUUAUUUAAACCUCCACAUUUCAGCUUUACAUUUAACUUUUCUGAAGAAAGUUGAAUGUAAUAUCGAAACUUUGGUAAUGAAAUAAGUUGCUGUUUUCCAUUAAUAGAGUCCCAGGCCUGCAUUCCUAGUCUGCUCAAGAUUGGUGGGAACUUCACUCCUGUGCAGUGGCUGCCAUUUGUGACUUUGUCUGUUUGCCCACGUGUCUCUCCUGAACUAUUAAUUUAAGACUUAAUGGUGGCAGCUACUGCGUGGUACAGUAAAGAGUGGCAUUACCCAGUGUGCAGUACAAGAUUUGAAAACAUGAUAUUCUUAUCUUUACUUCCAUCUUUUCUUUACAGAAUUAUCUCCAAAAUUGACAGAGUUGCUGUCUCAUUGUUCUACUUUUAUCUGUAAAGCUCCAGCAUAUAUCAACAUGCUGUACGUUUGGUUGGCACAAUGUCGAAGUUAACACUCAGACUCAAAUGUGUGGGGUUUUUUUUUUUUCCUUUUGGUUUGCAACUCAUACUAGUUGCUCUUGUAUAAAAACACAUUUAUGGAAACUUUGUUGUGCAAACUUUCCCUAUGGCUGUUUAUGCCAUGUGAAGCCAUGCUCUUUAAAGUUCUUAUCCCAUAGUUUGACACAAGCCAAGAUAACUUCAGUGACCCAGUUGCUGUCAGACAGCUGUGAUGUUUUUCUUUGACAUUGGGUAGAAGAGCCUUACACAAAGAACAGAUUGCUGGAGAAGCUAUGCAAAAGGUUUAUUGCCCCUUCUCCCAGUCAUAAUGUUAGCCAAGGAUGGCACAACAAAAUAAGAAUAGAUUUUUGUAGCAACAGAGAAGACGCUUAUUACACCAUUCAUUAUCAAACUACUUGAAAACACAUGGCAUAAUAAAUAAAUAAUUGAAAAUCUAAACCUUUUAUACUCUGUUAAACCCCAACUGAAGGCCACCUUUAUAACAGAGCUUGAUGGACACAAAACAAUAAAAUGCAAGCUCUGACUUACAAAUUUUUGUCCUAAAUUGUUUGCAAUCUUUCAGUGUUUGGCCGACCACUAGUAUUGUUAAAUCUAAUUCUCCCAACCCCUUCAUCUACUUGUAAUGGGCAAGAUGGGCAGCUCUGGGUCUUUAACUGUAAUUGAGCUGUUAAUGUCUGCUAGAAAAUCAACCCUGUUUUAUCAUACGUAGAUCCUAAUAUCACAUAUCACUGCAGCAUUUACCAAAUGCUAAAUUAUCCAGAGCACCAUCUAUAAUAAAAUAUGGACCAGCCUCGUCCCUUUGUGUAUAUAUGUUUCAUAAAGCUGUCCUCUUUAAAGUAAUGAGAAGUCUUUGCAAAAUAGGUCCUCUGGGUAAUUGCUGACUCUUGAGCUUAGAUAAAAGUGACCUAAACAAACCAGGAAAUAACAGAACCAAGUGUCUGUCAUCCAGCAGCGUGUAACCAAGUUAAUUUAUAAAAGUGCCGAUUUCUACUGAAAUCUUUUUGUAAAAUAAAGAGGAUACACAAAGUAUUUAAGCAAGCUAUAGAGCUCAGGGAUCCAGAGUGUCUCUUUAAAUAAUUGUGAACAUGUCAGCAUAAAUGCUGCAUACAAACCAUGUCUUUCUGCCAUAUCUUCUAAUUGACGCCAUUUGCGAUUUAAUUAUGGUGCGACAUUUAAUUGGAAUUGUAAGUAGUACAUUCCGUUAUAUUUUUGCAUGAUGUUUAGUUUUGACUGAGAAGGAAACUAUAACCAGUGUUUACAUUUGUAAUUGUUUCUGUAGCAAUAUGGAAUGGAAUGGAAUGUAUUUCAUAUCCAUGAACUUUUAUAAAUUCAGUUAUUAAACUGAUUUAGCCUAUGGCUGAGAUUGAAAAACAAACAAACUGUGUGCAUUUUAGUCAAUACUGGUGCAGCUAGGGCAGUUACUUUUUAAAAGACCAUUUUUAGCUAGAUUUGCAAUAUAAAGAUGUAGAAAUAACCUUGAUAAAACCCUUCUAAGCAUAAAAAAACUAUUUGCUGUGUCUAAAAUAAGUACAUUCUCUUCUCAGAUUGUGCCAAGAUUCCUUAGUCAUUAAAGGAUCACUAUAGGGUCAGGAACACAAACAUGUAUAACACUAUAGUGCUAAAUCCACCAUUUAGGUGGCUUGCCCCCCUAUAAAAGUUUAAAACUCGCCUUAUUUCCAGCGCUGUGCGGGUCUGCUGACGCAGGCUCUGCCCCUUUGUGACAUCAUCAUGGCCGUUUUUUUAGCCAGUCACAUGAUUUCCCAUAGGAAUUGACUAAAAUCGGCACAGGGGUGGAGCCAAAUGCCGUUUUGGCCAAUCAGGAUCUCCUCAUAGAGAUGCAUUGAAUCAGUGCAUCUCUGUGAGGAAAAUUCAGCAUCUCCAUGCAGAGCGUGGAGACGCUGAAUGGCAGGGCUACUUACUAUGCAGCCCCGAGCCAGGAAGCCCCUCCAGUGGCCAUCUAAGGAGUGGCCUCUUGGAAGUGUAUCUAGAGGCAAUGUAAGCACUCUGAAAAGGCAGUGUAUAUGAGAAUGCCUGAAGGGAGCUAUUAUACUCACCAGAACAACUACAUUAAAUAUUCAUUAAAUAUUCAAAUAAACACAUUAAAAUUAAUUCUUAAAGUCAUAAAACCACAUAACAUUUACCUAAUUAAUUAAAUGAAACUGUUCCAUUCUAGCAAAUGUUAUUUCUGUGCAUAUUUUGCAUCUGUCAAGCAGGUGACAGACGUGAUAAUUUUCUCUCUUGCAGGCAGAGCACCUGCAAGGGGAAGCUUGCUACAAAUCUCCCUCCCACCCGCUGUAUGCUCCCUCCGUUGCACACAGUUUGUUUUUGUUUUAUGUUGUUUAAUAACUCUCUCUCCCCUCACCAGUCCAGUUAGCUGUACCCUCUGUGAGCGCUGCACAAGAGAACGUAAGUCAGGAGAGUGAUUUACUUUCCUAUAUAUUUACUCACUGUUGUCCAUCACUUCAUUGGAACUGUUCUCCUGUUAGCACAGGUCUCGCUCAGUAAAAAAUAGGAAUUAUCAAAGUGUUGCUGAAUAAGCUGCUCUUUUAGGACUUUUUUUUUUUUUUCUAGAACAAAUCGUGUCUGAUGGUUACCACCAUGUAUUACUUUUGCAGAUGUUCUGACAUUUUUCUUCUCUUAUGCGUUUAAAUUUGUGUAGCAUAUUACAUUAAUAUUUUAAAUUUUUUUUUUUUUUUUUGCAACAAAAAAGUUGUCAUUUCUGGCAUACCUUAUUUCAAGGUAGAAAGAGAGGUGGAAAAUUUAUAGAUGAUAUUGUUGGUUUAGGAAGAUCUCAUUUAUAGGUCUCUGCCCAGUGUGUCAAAUCUCAGUCUCCACAUAUAGCUGAAAUUAUGUAAGUUUUUUAAUAAAAUCUUUGAAUGUUGGUGAUGAAUACAAGAAUUUCUCCCACCUUUCUCUGGUUUGAGUUUGGGCAGCAUAUUAAUACUAUAAAUAGGGCAUUUAGUUAGCUGGGCAGUGGCCAGUGCAGGGUCUCAUUUUUUCGUAUUUACAUAUUUUUUAAGAUUUUGUAUCCAUUAUCUCUAUAAAGCACUAAACAAAUUCAGUACCAUUGUUUAUUUUUAACUGGUCUAAUAAAUCUUAAAUAAGUGAAUUACUCUUUGUAACCAACAGAGAGAGUGUAGAAAUAAGGCAUGUAGAUUGUUGGAUUCUAUUAAAAUAUAAAUCUUUCCUGUGAGAUUGCUUAUUUAAUGAGGUACAUAGCUCUGUGCACCAUACCUUAACACAAAUGGCAUAGGUUUUAAUGGUGCUUGUUGUCUUCCUGAAGAUAUACUAUAGACACUGUUUGGCACAUUCUGUGUUAAAGGACCACUAUAGUGCCAGGAAAACAAACUAGUUUUCCUGGCACUAUAGGGUCUUUAGGGCCCCCCUCAUGGCCCCCUCCUGCUGGGCUGAAGGGGUUAAACACUUACCUUUCUCCAGCGCCGGGGAACUCUCCUCCCUCUCCUGACGUCAGCUUUGAAUGCGCGGCAGGAGCCGCUCGCAUGCGCGCAUUUAACCAGCCCAUAGGAAAGCAUUUCUCAAUGCUUUCCUAUGGAUGUCAACGUCUUCUCACUGUGAUUUUCACAGUGACAAGCACGGAAGUGCCUCUAGCGGCUGUCAAUGAGACAGCCACUAGAGGCUGGAUUAACCCUAGUGUAAACAUAUCAGUUUCUCUGAAACUGCUAUGUUUACAGCUGCAGGGUUAAAACUAGAGGGACCUGACAUCCAGACAACUUCGUUGAGCUGAAGUGGUCUGGCUGCCUAUAGUGGUCCUUUAAAUGUUUUUUAAUGCCAAACAAGAGUUUCUUCCUUCUGCGCUGCUUGUACUAAUGAGCAGGCAUUAGCCUUUUCAGCAUUGGUUGACUGUGAUAGGCUGAAAUCAGUUAGCUGUCACUCUCAUCCAAUCACAUCACCUAUUGCUGGUAUGAUUUGGUAUUGCUAGAAGUAAGUGUAUAAUUUCUGUCUUAGCCAUACCUCCAGUGGGGCUGGGCGGUGGGCAACCAGGGACAAAUAUUUAGUGUUAAACCAACUGAAAAUUAUUUAACACUCAAUGGUAGGACCGUGCCAGGCCACUCCAGGCACUAUUACCAAUUCAUUGAGAUACAAUUAUUAUAGUGCCUAGUGUCACUUCUUGUCCCAUCUCCCAUCUUGACUGCUGAAAUCUUGUCUGCAAUCUGAUACUAAUGUCUCUCUGCUCUUCAUUCUUUCUGUAACAGAGGUUUCACACGCUCAGCAUUCAUCUCUCAGUAUUUUCCUUUGUUAUAUCACGUCACAGGAAGUCAUUACCUAAACACUGGAAGCCGUCAAACAAGGCUUUCAGAACCUCUAUAGAAUAUUGGUUUUUUUUUCUCUGUUUGUCAUUUUGUUAUACUCUUAUCUAAAUGUAUCUAAUACCAUGACAUAUGUUGGGGCUAUAUGAAUGAUAUUUAUACCUUAUCACACUAUGUUUGCAUUAUUCGAUAUUAAUACAAUACGUGUUGUGAAAUUAACGAAUCUGUGUUGCUGGUAGGGUAAAUUUCAUUGUGUAAGUCAUGUAUAAAAACCCAUGUUUUUGCCUCGUUGCUAUGUUUGAAACAGUUUUAGCCCCAAAUGGGGCAAGAGUGAAACCUUUAAAUUGAGCAAAGUUUUCUAAUAGCAACUUAUCCUUACUUAUUGUGAGUGGCGUAUACAUUCCCCAUUACAGUCUAUGAUCUUGUGUGCCUUACGAAAAUGGCUGUGCUGACUGUAUUUUGGCUCCUAUGCAGUUGAUUCCUCAUUCAGUGCACAUAUGAUGCUGUAGUCCAAUCACUAGCUGUUUUCCUGUUUGAGCUAUAUACAAUGCUGAUGCUGGACAAUAACUAGCACAUAGCACAUCUGCAUAUCACUCUUUACUACCAUGGGUUACAUUUCAUUAGAGUAUCUUUUUUUUUUUUUGGAUGCGGUGGGGGUUAAACGGCACCACAUAAUGUUGAGAUUAGUAUGACCAUUAAUUAUGGUGUAUGGGUAAAUACUGAAAUAUAAUUGGAAUGUAUAAUCUCUGCAACACAUAGACUGGGUUCAUACGGCUAUUUAAGAUUGGGAGCAAUUAUAAAGGCUGCAUGUUGCGGGGUGGCUUUGAUUUCAGCAUACACUACAGCUCAGUAAAGCCUCACUCCAUGGACUUUAGGGGUGGAUUUACUGUAUUGGGAAUAGCAGAGAAUUGACAACAGACAAUGGAAUGAUGCGAGUUAAGGCCAAAACAGCAGAAUUGUGAACAUUCUCAGGUAUAUUCCAACUCUACUAUUCUGGCAUGAAUUUGCAAUUUCAUGUCGGAUAAACCUAGAGUUUAUAAUGGUGGCUGGGGGAAUUUUUUAAAUUUUUUUAACAUUGUUUUUCUUCUGUCCGUCCCUCCUAUCUGCAGUUUGUAUUAUUGCUCAAAGAAUACGCCUGUACGUUAAGACAUUAUAUAUGCUGUGCAGUUUAAAAGGUAUAGCUUGAUUGAUCUUUUGUUUUUCAUGAUUCGGAUUAGCUGUAGCCUUGAGUGUCCCUGAAUCUUGGCGGUUUUCUUUCCAUAAUCUCACAUUCUAUCAGUGUAACACAACUCACUGUUUUGUCAACAAGUUUUUUUUUUCACAUAGGCUCCCUCAUUGGUUUAAAGGGGGGAAAAAAAGCCAACACGCUUCAAUACAGCAAAGGUAUUACAUUUGAAACUUUAACCGUAAUUUAAGACUAGCUUAGUUUGUGCAAUCUAAUGGUUAUUAAAUUAAUGCUCACCCCACAUAAAUUCAGCUCAUUGUAGUUCUGUGGGUAGGAAUAUUGCGGUGCCAUCUUACUUUCAAUGAUUUAAACCAUUUUCCAAUGACAACGUUGGUCCCCGACACCACUGCUCCCUCACUUCCAGCUGCCGCCGUAAAAAGAAAUUCUACAAGUGGCAGUUGACACUGAAACCAUCACUGGCCACACACUGAGAAAUAGUACAUACCAUUUCUGUCAAUGGUGGCCAGUGAUAGACUGAAGUGAGUGUGGAGAGAUGUCAGGCAAUAGGAAAAUAGUUUAACCCCUGAAGGUAAGACAGGGCCCAGAUAUUCCUGUCUCCUUAACUUCAAUGAUCUUAAAGGAACACUCUCGUGACCAGUUUAGCUGUCUGAUGAGCCUCAAAUUACUUGUAGUUACACAUAAGUUAGAUAUCUGAUUAAUCAUAAUUGCCUGUAUGUUUGGAGUAAUCUAAACCUGCAGCUCUAAUUACUUUUUAACUGAUUUCUCCAUCCCAAAAAUGGAUUACCACCAUUGUGUGCAUAAAUGGCACUAGGAAGGUGCUGCUUGGGCAAAUUAUGUUAUCAUAAAAUAAUGCACUUUAAUACACCUUAUCGAACAAAAGGAAAAAUAUGCAAUACAUUAAAAUGAUCUCCAGCGCAAAAAUGCAACAAGUGGUAGAUUUACCUUUUCUUAUUAUUCUUUCCAUCUGUUGUCAUUUCCUUGUACAGCAUUCAACCAAAUUAUCACACACUUCAUAUCAGUUACCCAGUGCUGAUGAGCCUAGAACCAUUAUAAAUUAAACAAAAAACAAACAAGAAAACAGCAGUGUGGAAGAUCAUGUAGGAGGGGUAACCUCUAGAAUCCCACAAUUGCCAUCGUGUUAUGUGGGAUGAGAGUUGCAGUUCAUAGCAGCUAGAGGUUUCUUAUUCCUGGGAAUGGAUUAAUGUCAAAAGCCAGAACCCUUAUGCUAUCUGCUAAGCAAAUACUUUCUUGCCAGGAUUAGCUCACUUUAUAUAAGACAUUUUAAAACCUACCUUUGGAACACUUUGUAAUUGCAUGAUUCUGUUUGCAGUUUGUCAAAAGUGUUAUCGACAAAAGCUGGACUUUGUCGCAUUCGCCAAAUAGAAAAAAACUAAACUUCAGUCGUUUGGGGGGGGGAUGGGAUUUAUUAAGCAGAAUUACCCCUAUAUAUAUAUUUUAUCGAUGUCCUAAUUUUUGUGGCUCUGUUAAAUGGUUAAAUUACUAGAGAUUGUAAAAUAAUUGUAUCCUGCAUUCACUGAAGUAAAUAUAAUGGCUUUUAUUGUGCAA